GGUGGCGAGCAGGGGGACGUCGCCGCGCAGGCGCACCACGCGUAUUGGUUGGCUCCUCUCCUACGCUUCCCCCGCCCCUCACGCACACGCACAUCUUCGCCGCCGCGUCCCGGAGGCGUCGCCUUUUGCGGCUGUCAGUGGAAGUAGGUGAGGGGGAGGCCAAGGGAGGGUGGGAAAGAGUGUCCUCUCCGUGGCCUUCCAUCCUCCCUGGAGGCUUGGAGCGGGAAGGGGCGCCCGCUCUGGGCGCGGGGAGGUGCUACUCGCUCGUCCUCUUUGAAGAGCAACCCGGAAAAAAAUCAGCUUCGCCCUCAAUUAUCCCUGUUUGCGUUGGCUCUUGAAAAGCCCGAGGUGACUGUGCCCCCCUUGGAGGAGAAGUGGGAAUGGUCUUGCGGGGGAUGGGCGAUGUUUUAUUACACGCCCAGGCUAAAUCAUGAUAAGGGGGAACACCUCCCUGCAUGUAGAAAGCUAGCUCGUCAGGGAGAAGUUGGAAUCCUCCCUGGUGUCUUCUAUGCAGGCAGAGAUUGUGUUUGUGUGUGUUUUCAGAGUAGGACUCAAAUGUGAAACCCAGAUGCGUGUCUCUGCAGCCCGAAGUGGUGUGUAGAGAAACUUGUUUUGUGAGUACAACUAGUAAACCUGUGGGAGGUUUUGGUAUUCCCUGCGUGGUAUUCUAAACAGUAGCGUGCACUGUGAUAUUUCUCUGUAGAUAGGCUUGUUAAUCGUGUACAGUAUGGUAUUUUUGUAAUGGAGCAAAGGGAACAGAUCACCGUUUCGCUUGGUUUCCUAAUCAUAAUUUGUAAAGUGGGAAAAUAAUUCCUGCUGCUGUUUUACAGAUGGGACACUGAGGCUGAUCUCAAGUGAAUUGUCCUGGGAUACUGAGGCUUGCCAGAGCAGAGAUAAAAGGUAUGUCUGUAUUUCCAUGAAGUCUUAUAGGGAGAAAUCUUGUUUCCUGUUAGUCUGUCUUAGACAAAUGCAUUGUCACCUGAUCUCACCAUGUGAAAAUUAUUACCACAUGAAUCUUAACAAAUGUUAAAAUUACUUAUUUGAACUUUUAUUUUUUUAAAGUGGAAUUUCAGCUUUUGAACACAGAGGUCUUGGUCUGGGUGAGAGAAACAGAUGCUAGCAUUCACAUACCCUAAGACCUAAGUUUCCCAGAUUGGAUCCACUAGCCAGCUCUCUCUUACACCCCAUUCAUAUUUUAUCUCUCUUACACCCAUUAGCUAGUCUGUUGAAACCUAAGAACAGACUCAGCGUUGUUUAUAUGCCAUUUUUACAUCAUCUGUUAAAUGGUGUGAAUUGGCAACUGCAUAGUCAUAAGGACUAUGACAAACUGGAACGUGUCCAGAGGAGGGCAACCAAAAUGGUCGAAGGCCUGGAAACGAUACCUUAUGAGGAAUGACUAAGGGAGCUGGGCAUGUUUAGCCUGGAGAAGAGGAGGUUAAGGGUUGAUAUGAUAGCCAUGUUCAAAUAUAUAAAAGGAUGUCACAUAGAGGAGGGAGAAAGGUUGUUUUCUGCUGCUCCAGAGAAGCGGACACGGAGCAAUGGAUCCAUACUACAAGAAAGAAGAUUCCACCUAAACAUUAGGAAGAACUUCCUGACAGUAAGAGCUGUUCGACAGUGGAAUUUGCUGCCAAGGAGUGUGGUGGAGUCUCCUUCUUUGGAGGUCUUUAAGCAGAGGCUUGACAACCAUAUGUCAGGAGUGCUCUGAUGGUGUUUCCUGCUUGGCAGGGGGUUGGACUCGAUGGCCCUUGUGGUCUCUUCCAACUCUAUGAUUCUAUGAACCCUACUACCUGGCAAUCAAUGGACUAUUUUUAGUUAUAAAAUUGGGAUUAUCAAUGGAGACUUGUGAUAAAUCAUAUUAGGGCUAGGGGACAAAGGCUGCUUCCUAAGUCUCAUGGCCCCUCGUUCUUCCAUUUAUUCUGCAUGCAAAUCCCUCUGUGAGCCAUGUCCAUGGAGGGGUCUGCCAAGUUACAUGCCCCUUCAGCCAGGGAACUUCUUGAGUUCAUUGACUUUGCCCUAUUGGCACUUUUGUCUCUCCCAUCCAAUGGAAAGAUGGGACUCUAGGAAGAAGGAUGGGGAGAGCAGGCCUUAGAAAUAACAAUCAACUGGUUAUCUCUUUGAAGCCAUCUGGAGAGGGACCAUCAAGGGCUAAGUAGGACAACAGACUUUAUAUAAAGUACCGUAUUUUUUGCUCUAUAAGACUCACUUUUUUCCUCCUAAAGAGUAAGGGGAAAUGUGUGUGCGUCUUAUGGAGCAAAUGCAGGCUGCACAGCUAUCCCAGAAGCCAGAACAGCAAGAGGGAUUGCUGCUUUCACUGCGCAGCAAUCCCUCUUGCUGUUCUGGCUUUUGAGAUUCAGAAUAUUUUUUUUCUUGUUUUCCUCCUCCAAAAACUAGGUGCAUCUUGUGGUCUGGUGCAUCUUAUAGAGCGAAAAAUACGGUAGCUUUUUUUUGCUCAUAUUACCCUAGGAAACAAAGUGAUCAUAAGAGACCUAAGUUAACUGGGCAGAAAUUCAUCCCUGCUUUACUACAUAAACUCCUCCCUGGUGAUCUCGCUUCAUAGUACAAACCUUAGUAGACUCAGCUGCCAGGAGUAGCUCCAUGUUUGAGGCUAAACCCAUGCACUAAGAGUUAUGAGGCAGCUGUAGGAAUGAGGAAAAUUAAGUCGCUAUUGAGGAGAUUCAGUUAAGAACAAAAGGGCCUAUGAAGAGCUUGCUGGAUCAGGCCAAUGGCCCUUUUAGUCCAGCAUUCUUUUCUCAUAGUGGUCAGCUAGGCUCAAGUAAAAACAUGCUGAUUCCCAGACCGUCCGCAGGCCGGAUUUAGAAGGCGAUUGGGCCGCAUCCAGCCCCCGGGCCUUAGUUUGCCUACCCAUGAUUUAAUAUUUCAGCUUUCUUUCCUUGUCUCUGCGUAUUAAUAGACUUUUCACUUAAAGAAUGUGUUGAACCUCUGUUCAGCAUCUAUACUGAUGGACAGGUUGAUGAAGAAACAGAAACUGCAUUAAUAGAAAAAGCGAGUGGGGGACAGCAUUACACUGAAAUGAUCUGCACAUUUGUAAAUGCUAUAUAAAUGUUACUGAAUUAUCUCUCUUUGUGAUACUGUUUGCAUGAAACUAUUUGCUUGAUACUAUUUCUGUUCUUAACUCUACAGUAGAGCAGGGUUUCUUUCCAUCUAUAGGCCCUGCCCCCUCUCCAUCUGGCCCCGCCCCCUCUCCCCGCCCUCUAGAUUGUUAGAACGAAAGAAGGAGCUCCCGCUGCAAGGCUGACUGCUUCACAAGCGAUCCCUUGGUGAGCGGUUGUUUUCAUUUUUCCCUUUGCCCUGUUCCUUGUUUAGCUUCCCUAAAAAAAGCUCAAGAACUUUGAGCUGAACCCCCCAAAAAUGGGGUAGAUCACUGCUAGUUUUUAAUUGUCUCUUGGAAGUUCGGUGUCCCUGCUGUAGAGUUAACUUCAUUUAUUUGGAGCUUUUUGCAUUUGAAGUACUGGCCAUCUUAAUUAUUCAAAUGGAUAUGUAGAACCUGAUGUUUCCAUCAGGUUUCCACUUUAUGCAUAAAUCAUCUUAAGUUUCAGAAUUGGUCACCAGCAGUCACAUUCACUUGUAAUUUUUUAUCCAGAGCAGUUAUGGAAAACAAAGAAGGUGAUGUUGAGGAUGCCAAGAUAAGAGGUUCAAGUGCGGCAGAAGGUGGCUGUGCUAUCCAGCUGCCAGGUCAUGAAGAACUUAUGUUUCAUGAAGAAACAAUUGAUCUUGGUGGAGAUGAGUUUGAGUCUGAAGAAAAUGAGACCAUCUCAGAAGAUUCUAGUAACUUCAUAGAUAAACUUAAUGAGCAGAUGAUGGAGAGUGUUGUUAUAUCAGAUUCUCCAAAUAAUAGUGAAGAUGAUGCUGGUGAUCUUGGUUGUCUUCAAGAAAUUGUAAAACAAAUGGACACAAAAGACAUUCAUGCACCAGAAGAAGAGCUGGAGGAAAAGACAAUUGGCAAAGAGAGUAAAACUGAACUUGAAGGCGCUUCUAAAGUUAUUUCUGAUAGUGGAAUUGGCGAUCAACCUCCUUUGAAAGAAGAGUUGGUUCAGGAAUCAGCAGAAAAUGAAUUGAAAGUGGAAAGUGAUGAGCUGCUUAACUCUGCAUCAAACAGUAUUGAUGAAUGCAAAUCUGAGGAGCAGAUAUCUUCCCCGCUUGCCGACAAAUCACCCGUCAACCCUGAGCCUAUCCCUGUGUGUACGAUUUUCAGCCAGGGAAGUCGCAUGAAUGGUCAGCAGCAGUUCCUGCAUGAUGGCUUUGAGCCUCAGAUGGUGAAGUCGCCUAGCUUAGGCGGUAUAAGCGAGACUCCCAUAAAAACUCUUCCGCAGGUGGUUCAACCUAGUCCCAGCCUAAGCAAGUUUUUUGGUGAAGCCAUUAAUACUAAUACUCUAGCUUCUGAUUUUUUCGAUUCAUUUACCACAUCCUCUUUUAUUUCUGUCAGUAACCCUAAUGCGAGCUCUUCUGUACCAGAACAAAUGUCUUCUCUUGUAACAGCUGGGGAGUUCCAUGACUCUGCCAGCCACAAAUACUCUGUUAAAAAUGGACGGUCUGAAGCUGGGAGGUCUGCAUCUUCUCCAGAAAUUUCACAGUCUCCAAAGCCAUUUUCCCAGAUCCAAGCUGUUUUUCAAGGUGGCGACGAUCCUUUUGCAUCUGUGCUGAAUAUGAGUGAGGUAGACAGGAGGAACGAUGCUUGGCUUCCUAGUGAUGCAACUAGGAAUGUGUUGAUCUCAGUAGCAACUCAGCAGUACAGUAAUGUUUUCAUAGACAAGGAAAAUCUCACAAUGCCUGGAUUAAAGUUUGACAACAUUCAGGUAAGCGUGUUCCAUUGUGUCUUACUUCUUGGAAUACUGUGUGGCUAAUAAUAAGCUAGGUGGCAUGUACAUUCUUUCAGUCAAGUUUUUCAGUUGUGACAUUUAUAUCCCACCUUUUCAUAAAAAUGCACCAGGCCGCAGUAUAAUAUAAGCAGUCUGCUCAGCAUAAUAACAAAUAGCACAAUGAAAUCAGAUAAGAUCAGAUAGAGGAGGCAGAUGGUUAUAAACAUAAUUUAACCCAGGUGUCAGCAAGGUUUACCUUGCCUGGGUUGGUUCACUCCAGUGGAGAUCCCUCUAUGAGCUGGAUCACGCACAUGAUUUCCAGCGUCUGAGUCUGCACAGAUGCGAUUUUCGGCGUCUGCACAUGUGCAGGCAGGAUUUCUGGUGCCGCGAAAGCGAGUCCCUGCGCCACACUGCACCGGUUUAGCUCAGCGCGCGGGGACUAACUGAGCAGGGAGUUCAGUUCAGUUAAACGACCCCUGUGGGCCGCUUGUGGCCCAUGGGCCUUAGGCUGCCGACCCCUGAUUUAACCUAAUAAGAGGCAGUGAAGAGGCUUCUGUUGGCCAGGGUGGAAGGUAAAAAUUUGGGGUGUGUAUUCUUCCAUACGUUUGAUAGUGGAGGGGCUGGAGAAUUGGGAUCUAUGAGGUUUUUGGUUUGGGAACGGUCUAAAAGAACCAAAAAUCAGGCAGAUUUGUGUGUCUUAGUAAUAAGCACCACUGAGCUAUGGGAUGUUGAAAGUGUCAGUUGGGAAGAGCAAAGGAGCUGGCCAGCUUAAACUCCUAAACCUUCAUAGUAUCCUGGAGGUGAGCAUUUGGGUUAGGAAAGGGUAUGCAUACCAUAAGGCUAAAUAUAUAUGUGUGUAUAUAUAUAUAUAUAUAUAUAUAUAUAUAUAUAUACACGUCUUCAUACUUUCUCAUAAGGGGAUAAGUUUCAGGUGUAACAGUGGGCCCAAGUCCUGAGCCCUUGAGCUCUGUGAUUAGUGCUAGUCCUACUGAGAGUAGACCCAUUGAAAUUAAGGGCCCUGUGUUAGUCAUGUCUGUUAAUUUCAGUGGAUCUACUCUCAAUACAAUUAGCAUUGGAUACAACCCAUAGUCUGAAAGCACAUGAAUCUACUACUUUGCUUAAAUGAAAUAGGUCUGAAUCCAGUCAGUUAUUAUUAACAAUGUAAGUUAUUUUAUUAGCAGAAAUGUACAGUUAUCUUCUGAUAUUUCUAGAGAUUUCAAUGGGUUUUGUUGAAACUGUCCUUUACAUAGUUUGAAGUUUGUAUCCACGUCUACUGGGGUGUGCUGCCACAACAGUUUAUGGUGAGGGAGGGGGAAUGAGAUCAGUCUCAAGAUGGUUGCCAGAUUUAGAUUUUGCUGAAAGAAGUUUGAUGAAUGGAUGAAUAGUACAAUGGAAUACAUUCAGCAGAGAGGGGGGAAAACCUUUGUGAUCUAGUAGAUGGAAGAAACAACCAUGCGAGAUCUCUGUUCAGUCCAUUAACAGAAAAUUUGGCAUCUCUUUAACCUGGCAUAGUUUUUGUAUUAAGAAAAAGAAAGUGGAGCUCUAAAUAAUGAUAAAUCACGGAACAUAGUUAAGAGCCUCACCAUUCGACCAGCAGAAUUUAGUAGCAGUAUAGCUUUUGGCCCUAUCUGGCAAUCUUACCUGGAUACUGUGAGGGCAACCAAGAUAGUUUAUGUUCCCCAACCAGGAUGAAAUGUAUCUAGAUAGUUAGCUUCAUUCAGGAGUUUCUGGAGCUGUCCAGCCGCUACCCACUCAAUUACCUUGAAAGGCACAUUAGUGACCUGUUGAGGUACCGGGGUCUAGCCACAGACACGAACACAAGUCUUGCUAUUGUCUUCUUUAAGGUAUGGAGAACACAUACUGUUUCUAAAGAUGCAUGGAACACUUGUUGUUGUUACUAGCUACAAAGGGCAAGCAUCUAGCAGGCAUGUAGCAGCUGCUUCCUUCAGUGAAAUCAGCCUAUUGUCAAACAAGCAGCAGUAACCCCACAGAAAUAAAUGGGAUUUCAGUGCACAUCUUAAAGCCAAUGUGGCAUACAGCUGCUUUUGAGAGUAAAGAGAUGCCAAAUACUCUCCUUUCCAUGCAAUAGGAGAUUAUAGCUGUCUUCAACAUACUGAUUUUUCAUGUCACGGGAAUCAGUACAAUAGUCUCAGGCUCAAGGCCACUGUUGUGCAGGGUAGUUCAAGGCAUAUAAAUAGAAAUAUACAAAGCACCUUGUUGUAUGCUGAAGAAAUUUCAAUCACAUAGCACUGCAUUAAUACAAGACACUUGUGUGUGUGUUUUAAUGGCUAAGAGGAACUUUCAAUUAAAAAAACCCAACACUUUGUAUUUUCCCCCCCAAUUAGGGUGAUGCAGUAAAAGACUUAAUGCUUCGCUUCCUUGGUGAGCAGUCUGCAGCAAAAAGACAAGUUUUAAAUGCCACCUCUGUGGAACAGUCUUUUGUGGGUUUAAAACAACUGAUAGUAAGUAACAAUAUUUCUUUGUGCGUAUUGAACACUCUGCUUCUUCUCUAGAUAGGUUAAGAGCUAAACUUACUCAUCAAUCCAAUCGAAGUUCUUACUGAAGGGAGGGAGGCAAUUUUCACCUUCCCCCUAUAGCCACCAGCAUCGCCUCAUGUGCUUUUCUGAAGGGACCCUCAACACUUGGAACUUUUCAGGGGGCUGUAAGGAAACGGAGAGGUAGAUAAAAUUGCUGCAUCCCCACCCCUGCUUCCUCCAGCAGGAGCAUCCUGAAAGUAGCAUUUUGCUCACAGGGACUUUGGAUCCGUCCCGGUUCAUAUUCAGCUAUACCAACAGAAUAGCCUAGAGCUGACCGAAUUCCAAAACUCAACAGCUAUAACCUAAAAACCACCACGUUGUUCAUAAACCUAAGCUAUAUAACAGUACAGUCAUACCUUGGCUCUCGAACAGCUUAGUUGCCGAACGUUUCAGCUCCCGAACUAUCGAAACCCAGAAGUGAGUGGUCCGGUUUUCGAACUUUUUUUGGAAGCCAAGCAUUCGACGGGGCUUCUGCAGCUUCCGAUUGGCUGCAGGAGCUUCCUGCAGCCAAUCAGAAGCCAUGCUUUGGUUUCCGAACGUUUUGGAAGUCUAAUGGACUUCCGGAACAGAUUCUGUUCAACUUCCAAGGUACGACUGUACUUCUCUUUAGUCCCACUGCAACAGCUUUGGUUGUUUUUCUGCAUUGGUGCUGUUGCUCCUUUCUCCAGUUUGAUACAUGGCACACAGUUUGAUGCACGGCACACAGAACCUAAUGGUCGUUAGACUAUACUGCCAUCAAUCACUACAUGAUCUUAAUCUGGGGCUUCCUGGGUUCCAGCCUGUGACUGAGGGUGGCUGGAAGAUGAACCGAGGGCAAGGCAAAACAGUUGCACUUCUCCAGCACCCUUAUGGCUUCUGCAUUUACAUUCAAGAGCUGCCUGAGAGCCAAAGGUUUCAUCACCUAUAGAUCAGCCUAUACCAUUCAGUUCUCCUUUUCCACAAGCAUGCACCAAUAGGGAGGAGCAUGUGAUGCCAAUAAUGUAUGUGGGGCGAUGGGUUUAGCAGGAGCACUGGAAGACCACUUGUCUAGCAUAGUAUUGUCUGCUUCAACUGGCAUCAGCUUUCUAGGGUCUCUGUCUGUGGUCUUUCACAUCACCUGCUACUGUAUUCUUUUAAACUGUAGAUGCCAAGAACUAAACCUGGGACCAUCUGCUGCCCGGAAAUUCAAUUUUCUGUCUUAAACUCAGAGGUGGAAAGAGGACUGAUUAUUUAUUAUUAUUUUUGUACUCGUAACACUUGCUGGUUGCCAAUGAUUUUGAAAUGACAUUGCCUUUGUCUCAAGAAGCUGUAUCGUUCGUGUGUUGCACUUUGAACUUUGUGUGCACAUCAUUCAGUUGCAUUUGAAAUAAAUAAUAACCCAUCUGUGCAAAAUUGCUGCCUUAAAGCAGCAAACAUUUUUGAAAGCCUUAAUUUGGCACACAAAAUCUAAAAGAUCUAGGCACCAACGUUUCAAGACUUUGCAUUUUAAUUUAUUCCAUAAAUGAAUGGCUCUUGCAGCAUUUUUGUAAUUAAAGUGGGACAGUAGCAGCAGGCAACUGAUAGUUUUCAGUAUAGAAAGCCUGUAAGAAAUAGACUUAAAUUUUUUAAUUGCAAUAUUUCAAUGGCGUAUUAAUGAGCUUUCUGCUCGUAAUAACUUCAAACAAACUUUAGUCUAAGAAGGGGUUACUGACGUGAGUUUCUCUAAGUAAUGUCAGAGUGUUCUACCAGAGUAAUUUACAAUCGAGAAGAAUGUCAUAGCAAAUGGAGGAGGACAUUUUAAUCAUUUUAAUGGUGUCGCAUGUAGAGUUAAUGACUCCCUUUUGAGACUCCGUUUGGAAAAAAUCAUACACAUUCUGUUAGUUGUGCUUCUGAUUUAAUGUUGAAUUUUCAUAUGUUGUCAAAUAUAAUAUGCUGUAGUUCUUGUACAUAUUUACUGUUUUAUACAGGAGAAGUUUUACUUCAAACCUCCCAGUAUAAAUUGUAUUUUUAAACAAAAAACUGGUCAAGGAGUUAUGGCUACAACUAAUUGUUCUUCAGUUGAUUUAGAAAAAAACUGAGAUGGGUUAUGCCCAUAACUUUCAUACUGUGCUCUUUGAAAAGUCUGGGGUUUCUCAAGAAUAUUAUUUAGGGUUCCCCAAUAGGUAAACCAGUUGUGGCUGGCAAAUGUUCUUAAAAAGCAACAACCCCACAUGCCCAUUCAUCUGCAUCUAUCACUGCAACAUGCAGCUGCAGAAGUUUGGGUGUACACCCUAAAACCUAUGUGUAUAGUGGGAGACAGUCAACAUGGAAAUGCUUCUCUGAAAAUAGAAAGUUUGAAACUGCUAGGUUUCUUUUUCCUUUACGCAUGGAAUCAGUGGGUUUAAGGAUCUGUCAUAUUGUUGUUGUUUAGUCGUUUAGUCGUGUCCUACUCUUCGUGACCCCAUGGACCAGAGCACGCCAGGCACUCCUGUCUUCCACUGCCUCCUGCAGUUUGGCCAGACUCAUGCUGGUAGCUUCGAGAACACUAUCCAACCAUCUUGUCCUUUGUUAUCCCAUUCUUCUUGUGCCCUCAAUCUUUCCCAACAUCAGGGUCUUUUCCAGGGAGUCUUCUCUUCUCGUGAGGUGGCCAAAGUAUUGGAGCCUCAGCUUCACGAUCUGUCCUUCCAGUGAGCAUUCAGGGCUGAUUUCCUUAAGAAUGGAUACGUUUGAUCUUCUUGCAGUCCAUGGGACUCUCAAGAGUCUCCUCCAGUGCCAUAAUUCAAAAGCAUCAAUUAACUCUUCCUAAAGCAGGAUUUAUAGACAAGUGUUUCUUCAACCUGAACAAUGCCUUAAGUUUUUCAGGAGACAUUGUCCUAGGGCUAUUGAGUAGCCUGUGGUUGUCAAUAGCCCAGUGAAUAGGACUCUCAGUAGUCUUGUGUCUAAUGUAAAAAAAAUAAAAAAUGCCAGAAAGUUAAGUUUCUUAAUCUUGAUUUCUCUUAGGGGUUAGAUGAGUAAUCUUCAGUAGUCCUUUCCAGAGAAGUAAACAGAUGGCCAUCAGAAAUUUAAUAACAGUAAUAAAAAAAAAUUGAAUUUAUAUUGGAAAUCAGACAUCCAUUUAUUUAUUAUGGUUGGUCCAUUAUUCUGCUGUAUCACCUGAACUGGGUGACCUUCAUUGCAUAUGUACAUCUGUCAUACAUCAAAGAACAGAUGGUGUCCAUUCCUGCUGUUCUGUGUCCUCUGGCUAUGAUCCCAUUAAAAUGCAGGAUGCUCUGUGUCUGUACCUGAGCAACUGAUACAAAGAUGGGAUAGUAUAUCUCUUUGUGUACUAUAGCGGCUAAGAGCUGUGAACCAAGAAGGCCCUGGUUCCCAUUUCACAUUAGCCAUGGAAUCCUUAGCUAGUCUUAGGCAAACGGCUAUUCUCUCAGCUUCGGUACUGUGAAAUGAAGUUUAAAUAUUCAGGCAGCAAAAAGAAAGAACACUGCUAAUAAUACAGCAAGAGGAUUAAUUCAGGAAAAAAAGAAACCUACUAAACUGCAAUCCUCAGUAUAUUUUACAAGCAAGCUUGUGGAUCAGUUAGAGUAAAACAGCCUAAGGAGAAGCUCCUCAGCUACUGGAAGAGUUUGGAUGUGUAAUUUAGAUAGCCAAAUCAUUGUGUGAGGAAAAAAAUGUGUAUUUGUCUUUGAUUAGAAUGUCAUCAGAGGUUUGGAAGGUUUUCCAUGCUGGAGAUAAAUGGAAACCAUAGCACGAUUAACACCUUUUUAAAGAGUUUGAAUUCCUUGCUUGUUCAAGACUACAUCCAAAGCUACCCCUAUGCAGAGCUAGUUGCUCAGUUUUUUUGGACCUAGGCCAUUAUCUUGCUAAUACUCUCUAGCAACCAAAAUCACAGCACACUGGUGUUAGUACCUCCUGGCACAAUGUCUAAAUCAAGAUCUGUUCCCCUUACCCACACCCUUGUUAACUAGUUGAAGAUACCAUAUACUUCGUGUUAAUCAAGCAUUCCGAACUUACUAUUGUAGCCAGAUAAUUUGGGACUAUAUUUUAUCUUCCCAAGUUUGAACAUGUUGAACCUCUUUUCCCAAUUGCUUUUCCAUUAGCAUCUUUCACCUUCUCUCGAAAGUUCAUUAGACAGCCAGUGCACUAGUAGCCCAAUAACCUUUAAUAAAUGUCAUGACACUAUAUGCUUAACAAAUGAAUAGCAUGGUAUUCUUCUUCCACCAUAGUAAGCCAGCAAACUCAGCAGAAAUUGGACUUUACCCACAAAGAGCUAUCCAGAAGGAAUUAUGUGAUGAAUAGAUCUGAUUGUGAUACAGUUACUAGGUGUACAUUUUCAAAAUAUCACAGUUACAUGAAACAUAGCUAUCUUCACAGAUUCUCUCUUUUUUAAAAAAAUAAAUAGUAAUAAUAAUACUGGAUUCUACAUCUAUUGUAGAAGAAGCAGUAAUCAGUGUAGUGUACUGUUGACUUUUGGCCCCUUAAAAGCUUCCUCAGAAUUAUUCAUGUAUGGCAGCAUCUGAAAUAAAAUACUUAGCAUCACUAAGUACUUCACUUCUGUAGUUCAAAAUUUUAGGAAUGUUCUUAGUCAUUUAAGGGAUUGUUCUUGCUCUUCUCACCCACUCCUCCUCCUUGCAGCACAUAUGAAAAGAAAUUAUUGGUUUGCUUUAUAGAUAACAGUGUGUCACAGUUCAUACGGUGAGCCCAGUAAUAGCCGUGAUCUAUGGUUUGGACUUCUGAAGCCAACCAAGUGAAGGGAGUGUUUGUGGUUUCCUGAGGCUGACUCCCAAUUUGCAUGAGUAGUCUCCAUUGGAAUAGUGUUCCCUGGCCUGAGAGAGUGGGUUCCUGACUGACUCCAGCUACAAAAGCUAAGGCUGCUGAACAGAGUCUUGGGCUGGUAUAUUGUUUGGGAAGUUUUGUUUAGGGUGAGGUUUUUUGUUUUUUUUGCUGUUAUUGAUUAUUUAUUUUAGAUCUUAUUAUGAUUUACGUGGAAAUUGGUUAAACCACAGAGCCUAGGACUUGCCGAUCAGAAGGUCGGCAGUUCGAAUCCCCGCAACGGGGUGAGCUCCCGUUGCUCGGUCCUCCUCCUGCCAACCUAGCAGUUCAAAAGCACGUCAAAGUGCAAGUAGAUAGAUAGGUACCGCUCCAGCAGGAAGGUAAAUGGCGUUUUCAUGUGCUGCUCUGGUUCGCCAGAAGCGGCUUAGUCAUGCUGGCCACAUGACCCGGAAGCUGUACGCUGGCUCCCUCAGCCAAUAAACCGAGAUGAGCACCGCAACCCCAGAGUCGUCUGCGACUGGACCUAAUGGUCCGGGGUCCCUUUACCUUUACCUUACUUUCCUUAUGUUUGUAAUUAUGUAUUUGAGCAUGGUUUUAACCACAGAAAGGCAGAAUACAAAUCAAAUGAGGCAUAGAUGGGUGUAUAUUUGGAGAAGACCUAUUGAAAUUAAUGGGUCUUGAAUGAGUCAUGUACAUUGAUUUUAAUGGGUAUGACAUAUUGCAUUGAGCCAGUGUGGUGUAGUGGUUAAGAGCAGUAGUCACGUAAUCUGGGGAACUGGGUUCGCGUCUCCGCUCCUCCACAUGCAGCUGCUGGGUGACCUUGGGCCAGUCACACUUCUGUGAAGUCUCUCAGCCUCACUCACCUCACAGAUUGUUUGUUGUGGGGGAGGAAGGGAAACAAGAAUGUUAGCCGCUUUGAGACUCCUUAAAGGGAGUGAAAGGCGGGAUAUCAAAUCCAAACUCUUCUUCUUCUUCUUAUAGGAGAUCUGAUUUUCAUUGUUAUAUGUUUGUAAGCUGCUUGGAGAGACCCUUGUCCUAAAAAGCAACCCACACAUCUUUUAAAUAAAUAAAUACACAUUUUGGAUAAUCAUCAUCAUCAUCUAUCUUGUAAACCCCAGAUUUUAGGUCAGAUUUUAAGUGGGACGCAACACACAACAGAAGAGCAGUUGUCCUCUUUGACCAUAGAUAUAUCUUCCCAUCUUCAUGAAUCAAUAAAUAAGUGACGCGAGUCUUCUGCUUCCCCUCCGAAUGGAUUGUGCCACAGGGAUAUUUGUAAAGAAUAGGAGUAGAGUGGACUGGAGAGGUAACACUUGGUGGAGGGACUUCCGUUUAGUAUCCUUUUCUACACUCAAGGAGAAAAUAGUUUGGCAAAGAGAAGCUACUGUUCAUGAUGUUCCUUUUGAUUUAUGUCACUGACUACUGCCACUUUCAGGGAAUUACUCAGUGGUGUCGUAGGAGUUCGACCCAGUUACUGUCCUUGAUUCCACUCUUUACUGGCUGUAUUGGACACACAGGGACAAUUCUCUCUCUUUUCUUAGCUCUGACAAGAAGCAACAGCCAUUCUUUAUCUUAGCUUUUGAACGGAACAGGCAUAAGCUGUUAUCCCCCGAGGGAAUUCCUCUGAGGCGUGACACAUUUGUGAGCCUGGGGUACACAUAGCUGUGGCUUCUGAAAAAUCUGUUUUUUGAGGACUAAACACUUUUAAAUAAAAAAUGUAUGGGCUGCGGACAAAUGUCUAGCAAAUGCCCAUAGAAAGAAGUACACUUUCAUGAGUUUUUGGUUUCUCUCUGUCUUGUUUUGAUAAUUCCCCCGUAUUUCAUUCGGUGCUAAAUCUGGGUGAACGACUAGACGUUUCAAAUCUCAGCUGUUUAUAUUCAUUAAAAUAUUUCAUUUUGACCAAGCUGUAUUUUUCAAGGAAAUCAUAUUGAUGACCUUCAUGAAGCCAUCGAUUCAAAACUAAUAGGAACAUAAUUGGAUCCUAGAAAGAGAAUAAAAUACCAGUGUUAUUUGGAGAGAAUAGGUAUGAAACUUAGGAAGGUGGGGAGGAACGUUGCACAUUUCAGAUGGAGCCUGACCAUUGCUUCUGAAUGGAACAGUAUCUGGCCUGUCAUAAUAAAUUGUGUAUCCUUUUACACUAGCAAUCUUCUAAUUGUAAAUUGUGAGUCAUGCCUGGCUUCGCUUUUUGCCUAAUUAUACAAGCAGUUUUGACAAAUGACAUCCCACUUCCUACUGGCUAACUUUACUGACCUUGUCAUUAUUACUAAUGGUUAGCUGGAGCUGCUUCAAGCAAAAUAAGCAGCUCCAACUUUUUAGCAGCUGAAUUUAUUUGUUACUUAGCCUAUUCUUCUUUUUUCCCCUCCCACCCAGAGCAGCAAAAACUGGAGAGCGGCCGUUGACUUAUGCGGACGGCUUCUGACUGCCCACGGUCAAGGCUAUGGCAAAAAUGGCUUGCCCACAAGUCACACAACAGACUCUCUGCAGGUACAUUUGCCUUUCAGUCAAGCAAAAUGGUGGGUUCGAUUUUACAAAUGGGUGAAGAGAGCCAUCCUUCAGCGCUAUUUUUAUUUGCUGUCACUUCCUGAAUGUGCACUUUAAAGCAGGAGUGGGUAAUUUGUUCCACUACAAGAAUCUUCGUGGAAAUGUAACACAAACUGGAGGCCUGCAGCUAAUGUAUACAUUUGGCUUUGCACGUAACUUGCAUCAACAGAGUACGCACAACUGCAGUGUUAAGGAACAGAGCCUAUCUAUCAGUCUAACUAGUUGAAAUUGCUUGUUCCCAACUUAUAGGUGCCCUGAUUCUGACCACUGGUUGUUUAAGAUCCUUCCAGAUGCAUUGCCUUUGUAUUUUCAGGAUUAGUCCUGCAAGCGUGAUCUAUUUAAAACCAAAGCUGAGAUUUGUAAUGCAAACGGAAGGCCAUAGUCCUUACUGUCAUGUUGGGGAAGAAGAUACUUUGCCCUUGUUCUAGCCCGAAAAGCAUAUUAUGAACAAAUAAUUUAAAAAUUCUUCUGCAGCUGCAGUAUACUUGCCUAGAUUUUUUUCACUUUAGAGACAGUUGUGUUCCAAAGAUUUUUAUGAGCAUUGUAAUAAUAAUUUGUGCUGAUAUUUAUUUAAAAGCAAUUGCAAUUUCUCUGUUUCAAGUGUUAUUAAUACAAAGGUUAUAAAGAUGUUUUGUGGUGCUGUGGCUAGUAAGCAGAAUGCUUGAAAACUCCACUGAUGAAUCUGUGUUCUAGAUCUCUUAUGGGCGUGUGUCAGCGGGAAUAGCUGGAGGCAUAAACAAUAUAUACAUUUCUUAUACCUAGCAAUAUUGUGGCAAAUAAUUAGUUAUUCUUUUCAACUUGUGAUGGCAGCCAGUUUGGAGGAAUCAGGAUUGGAUGAGAGCCGCAAAUCCCAUCCUCAAAUUGGCAUGUUUUGCCCUAGGUCAGGGGUCUGCAACCUUUAAGACAAAAAGCGCCACUUUGACCCGUUUCCGAAGGAAAAAAACCUGGGAGCCACAAUUGGGCGGGAAGGUGCGUGACUAACGCACGCACCGCCCCCAUGUGACAUCACAGCCAGUACAGCGCCCGCCACAGUGGGGAGUGUCGGGGCGCACAAUCCGCCUCCUCCCCUCGCUAGUAUCCGCCCCGGAGCCGCAACAAAGGUGUAAAAGAGCCACAUGCGGCUCCGGAGCCGCGGGUUGCCAACCCCCGCCCUAGGUCUAUCAGUUGCACUCCGGGCCAGUUUUGUCAUGAAAAUUGUCUUGGUCCCUUGUCAGGAGAGAGACAGGGGGAGUGUGUCCCUGUUAAUUCUCCUUGCUCUCUUGGUGACUUUCGAUACCAUCCUUUGGCAUUUAAUUAUCUGUGGUCUCCUUCAAUGAGUGGGAUGUCUUAGACCUGCGUUUAAUUACCGUAUUUUUCGCACCAUAGGGCGCACCUGACCAUAGGGCGCACCUAGUUUUUAGAGGAGGAAAACACACAAAAAAAUAUUCUGAAUCAAAUGUUGCACUAAACUAUUUAAAGCAGCAAAGCGGGCGGCUCCUGUCCAUUUGCUGCUUUAAAUCGAGCCUCAGAGGAGGGUAGGAAGGGGAACCAUGGCUUAUCUAAGUCCAGUCAAUAAUGCUGAGCCUGACUUAUGGCCAUCGAGAUAAGCCUGGCCGUCUCAGUGGAAAUCUGGGGAGGCUGGGGUGGACAUUCCAGUGGUCAAAGUGUGGUUGUGUCUUCCUGCCCCGCAUCUAUUUCCUGCCCUCUUUCUCCCCUGCACCCCCGCACCCUGCUUCCAGGGAAGGAAGCGGAGCCAUGGAUCCUCUGCUCGCAACUGCAGUGGAUUCCAUCCACUUUGAAGCAGGAAAGUGGGAGAGGAGCUGCUUACACGAGUGUAAGCUGCUCCCCUCCCACUUUCCUGCUUCAAAGGGAGCCCAGGAGGAGGGAAUCCGCUGCAGCCACAAGCAGCGGAGGAUCCAUGGUCCCCUUCUUUCCCUCCUCCGUGGUUGCUUUGAAGCAGGAAGGUGGGAGAGGAGCUGCUUACACGAGUGUAAGCUGCUCCCCUCCCACUUUGCUGCUUCAAAGGGAGCCCGGGAGGAGGGAAUCCGCUGCAUGGAUCCCCUUCCUUCCCUCCUCCUGGUUGCUUUGAAGCAGGAAAGUGGGAGAGGAGCUGCUUACACGAGUGUAAGCUGCUCCCCUCCCACUUUGCUGCUUCAAAGGGAGCCCAGGAGGAGGGAAUCCGCUGCAUGGAUCCCCUUCCUUCCCUCGUCCUGGUUGCUUUGAAGCAGAUAAGUGGGAGAGGAGCUGCUUACACGAGUGUAAGCUGCUUCCCUCCCACUUUGCUGCUUCAAAGGGAGCUGGGGAGGAGGGAAUCUGCUGCAGCUUCCCCCACCUCCCGGAGAGCCAGCAGAAGCUGCCCGCUCUUUAAAGGGGCUGCGCGGCUUCUCCUGGCUUUUCUGGGAGGUGGGGGGGAUUCCCCCACCUCCCGCAGAACCGGCAGAAGCCACCGGCUCUUUAAAGGGGCUGCGCGGCUUCUCCUGGCUUUUCUGGGAGGUGGGGGGGAUUCCCCCACCUCCCGCAAAACCGGCAGAAGCCGCCGGCUCUUUAAAGGGGCUGCGCGGCUUCUCCUGGCUUUUCUGGGAGGUGGGGGGGAUUCCCCCACCUCCCGCAAAACCGGCAGAACCCGCCGGCUCUUUAAAGGGGCUGCGCGGCUUCUCCUGGCUUUUCUGGGAGGUGGGGGAUUCCCCACCUCCCGCAAACCGGCAGAAGCCGCCGGCUCUUAAAAGGGCUGCGCGGCUUCUCCUGGCUUUCUGGGAGGUGGGGGAUUCCCCACCUCCCGCAGAACCGGCAGAAGCCACCGGCUCUUUAAAGGGGCUGCGCGGCUUCUCCUGGCUUUUCUGGGAGGUGGGGGAAUCCCCCCCACCUCCCACAAAACCGGCAGAAGCCGCCCGCUCUUUAAAGGGGCUGCGCGGCUUCUCCUGGCUUUUCUGGGAGGUGGGGGGGAUUCCCCCACCUCCCGCAAAACCGGCAGAAGCCGCCCGCUCUUUAAAGGGGCUGCGCGGCUUCUCCUGGCUUUUCUGGGAGGUGGGGGGAUUCCCCCACCUCCCGCAAAACCGGCAGAAGCCGCCCGCUCUUUAAAGGGGCUGCGCGGCUUCUCCUGGCUUUUCUGGGAGGUAGGAGAAGGGACUAAUGCAGCCAGUCAGUCCCUUCUCCCUCCUGGGGAAAAGCCCGCAAGAGCGCACGAAGCUUGUGUGCGGCUCUUGGGGGCUUUUCCCGCCUGCCUCCCCCUUGCAUUCGCUCCAUAGGACGCACACACAUUUUCCCUUGCUUUUUAGGAGGGAAAAAGUGCGUCCUAUAGAGCGAAAAAUACGGUAAAUAUGAAUGCAUUUUUAGCUUUUAAUUCAUUUUAUUUAAUGUUGGUUUUAGUGUUAGUCACUUGGAGUUACUUUUAAUAAAAAGUUGACAAAUAAAUUCAAUUAAUAAUAAUAACAACCAUAAAUUAUAUGUACAACUAUAUGAUGUUGCAGGACGCGGGUGGCGCUGUGGUCUAAACCACUGAGCCUAGGGCUUGCCGAUCAGAAGGUCGGCAGUUUGAAUCCCCGCAAUGAGGUGAGCUCCCAUUGCUCAGUCCCAGCUCCUGCCCACCUAGCAGUUCGAAAGCACGUCAAAGUGCAAGUAGAUAAAUAGGUACCACUCCGGCGGGAACGUAAACGGCGUUUCCAUGCGCUGCUCUAGUUCACCAGAAGCAGCUUAGUCAUGCUAGCCACAUGACCCGGAAGCUGUCUACGGACAAACACCGGCUUUUCAGCCAAUAGAACGAGAUGAGUGCCACAACCCCAGAGUCAUUGGCGACUGGACCUAACGGUCAGGGGUACCUUUACCUUUUAUAUGAUGUUAGUUGCUGUUAUUUCAUUGGCAGAUGAGCAGAAAAUAAAGAUAGUGAAGUGAAGACAGAACCACCUAUUUUAGCUUUCUGAUUUUGGCCAAAGGCAUCUGUUAUGUGGAUAUCUGUGAACGUAUCAUAGGCACCUUUUUAGGCAUCAUUAGAAAACUAAUAGUAAAGUAAGUUUGGGUUUUGCAGUAAACGCUGUCAAGUGAUCUGUCCCCCCCCCCUUUUUCUUUUCUUUUUUUCCUUUUUCAAGCUUUGGUUUGUAAGACUUGCACUCCUGGUGAAACUGGGUCUCUUCCAAAACGCUGAAAUGGAAUUUGAACCAUUUGGAAAUCUAGACCAGGCUGACCUAUAUUAUGAGUAUUAUCCGCAUGUAUACCCAGGACGCAAAGGUAAAUCUGUUUAUAUUCUGUUCUGCUAAUACUAAGGAUGUUGGGCAUUAGAGUGUUUAGAUCACAUUGACUUCAGUCAGAGAAUUAGGAACAUGCUUAAAUAUAUUCCAUUGACAUUAGUUGGAGUUUCAAGAUUUUAAUGUUGCUGGAUUUUGUCCGUUUUCUUAUAUAGUUUAGAAGAGGAAACCCAAGUUUUCAACCUUAAAGGGAGUAAGGCAACUUUGUAGACGGAAACAACACAAUGGUGACCUAACUUCUUGAAGGUCUUUUGACCAUGCUGGCUCACUGAAAGUCUCUUCCAGUUAAUCAACAGUGGUUAUACUUUACAUAACAGUGGCAGGUAGUAAGGAGUCUAAAUAUCCUUCAAAGCAAAAUAUAGUGAACUGAGUUCUGUAUUGUUAAAAAGCACAUGUUUAGUAAAAGAUAGCAAGCAUGCAAUAUACAAAAGCAUUUUAGAAAGUAGACACAGUUUAUUUUAUAUAUAUAUAUGUAUAUAUAUAUAUGUAUAUAUGUGUGUGUGUGUGUGUGUGUAUAUAUAUAUAUAUGUGUGUGUGUGUGUGUGUGUAUGUAUAUACACACACACUCUCUCUCUCUCUCUAUAUAUAUAGUUUUAAACAGAGGCCAAAUUAUAUUGUUAUUUAUUAAACUUGUUAGUCACUUGUUAUCCAGAAGUCUCCAAGUGACUUCAAACACAUUUAAAAACAUAAACACUUUUUUUAUUAAAAAUAUAUAUAUGAAACACCUGCCAUUCAUAUGAUAAAUAGUAAUGAAAGCAUUGAACAGCCCUUCAGACAAGCUUGUUCAGGAUCAUGGUAGGAUGCAGUUAAUCGCCAAAACCAGAUGUUUAGUUUAUCACAGUGAUUAACAAAACAGAAAUCUUAAAUUUUUACAGCAAAAUGUUUCAGCUUCUGCCUUCAUCAGCUGCUCUGACAAAAAUUAUGCUAUUUCUGAGGUGGUUGUUAUAGACCUUUGAGGACGGAAUGCUCAAAAUACCUUCAUUCACUGAAGCAAGGCGCUGCUGGUACUACCUAGAGAGGUUGAGGUCAUGCAAUAUUGAUGUGUUCAGUGUGUGGCUCCAGAAGUUCUCUCUUUUUGCAAACGUGGUCGGAUCUGUUGGUACCUCUGACAGGCUUGCACACAAACACACACACACAAAACAACCUCCAUCCCCCAACACCAAAGCUGAGAAUUACUCUUUUAAGGAACACAUUAAACUUUAGCCUGAUCCUUGAAGGUUAUCAGCAACACUGAAAGCAGGUUUUGAGGUAAAAAGCAUGUCUUGUGCAAACCUAACUCAUAUCCAUGGUUUGUUUUCCUUAAAUCCUGGUUCAGCACUGUAUUGGAAAUGUAAACCAUGGCUAAGGUUUGGUUACAAACCAGGAUGUGAAUGAAUGACUUGAACCAAGUUUGCAAAUCAUGUUUGGAAUUGAACCAUAGUGAAGUGUUAUGUCCGAACUAUGUUGUUAAUAUCACCCAGCUCCCUAUUCUCUGCUUGUAAAUUUAGAAUGAAGGUUUGCUGAUGUCUUCUUAUGCAUGCCCUCUGUACGUCUGUGAAUCUUAAUCAACCAUUGCUAAGGCAAUGACCUGUUUAGUACUAACUAUGGUGUAGCAUUAUGUCUGUACUGGGCUACAAAAUUGCUAAGAGUAAAAGAUGAGGGCUUUAGAAUUGCAGUAUAGUCCAAGACUAAGCAUACUAAAGAUGAGAUAUCUUUUUAACCCCUUACCUAUCUAGCUUCUUAAGGAAUUGAUAUCUAUAAUCAGAUCAAAAAGUCAGAUAAUGCAGGGAUCCAGCUGAUCUUCCUAUAAUAGGAAAUGGCAGGUGUAUUAGAUCAAAGCUUGGAAAAGACCGUCACCCUUCCUUUGUUCAUAUUUGAGGGCUACGCUGUCUUGAUGGCCUAAGAGGUAGAAAGGGCAUACCUAACAGUCUGCCUUGCAAUAAACUGUAUUGAAAAUGAAAAAUGAAUCUGUGUCGUUAAACAGCUAAUUUAAAUGAUAAAAUAAACAUAAAUCAUACAUAUAUUUUAUCUACUGCGCAGUAACCGUCAUCUAUGAUAAUAUGCUGAUGGUUGCUAAUUUUUCUUUUCAUUUUUUGGUGUAACAAGCAUAACUGUAAAAUCUUUGAUUUAUCUAUCUCAUUUUGAUUCACAAUAGUUAAACGAAUUAGGCAAUUAAAAUGCACUUUGCAAUCAAAUGUGUCGAGAUACAAAUAAAUAAUGGUUAUGAAAGUGGUAUAAAAUACAUUUCAUUUAAUUCAUGUGUGUAAUUUGGAUCAAUUCAAAAUAUUCAUUGAAUGAAAUGAAAUGCAUUUCAUUUCCGAACAGCAUGUGAAUUUCAGUCUGGAAAUGUUAUGAAUUUCCAUGGAUGUCUCUUAACAUUUCUAGCACUACUUUAUCCUUGGCGUCUAUGCAGCUAGACUUGUUAAAUGCUUUUCUUUUUACUCCAAAGUAACUUUUCCCUUCUGGCUAAAUUCUGCCUCUUUUAUGUCCAUAUUUGUGUGUGAGUCUGAAUUUUCCAACUUAAACUGCCAACUUUUAUUGACACACCAUGUCUUUUUCACUUUCCCUCAUCCCCUUUCUGCAACUAGAAUCCCACAGCUCUUUCUGUGGCAUCUACUUUUGUUAAUUAAAAUACAGCCAGCUCUUCAUAGCCUACCUUACAUGCCAUGUAGUAUGCAGUCCAUGUUGUUGUUUAGUCGUGUCCGACUCUUUGUGACCCCAUGGACCAGAGCACGCCAGGCACUUCUGUCUUCCACUGCCUCCUGCAGUUUGGUCAAACUCAUGCUGGUAGCUUCGAGAACACUAUCCAACCAUCUCGUCCUCUGUCAUCCCCUUCUUCUUGUGCCCUCCAUCUUUCCCAACAUCAGGGUCUUUUCCAGGGAGUCUUCUCUUCUCAUGAGGCGGCCAAAGUAUUGGAGCCUCAGCUUCAGGAUCUGUCCUUCCAGUGAGCACUCAGGGCUGAUUUCCUUAAGAAUGGACAGGUUUGAUCUUCUUGCAGUCCAUGGGACUCUCAAGAGUCUCCUCCAGCACCAUAAUUCAAAAGCAUCAAUUCUUCGGCGAUCAGCCUUCUUUAUGGUCCAACUCUCACUUCCAUACAUCACUACUGGGAAAACCAUAGCUUUUACUAUACAGAUCUUGUCUGUAUAAAAUCUUAGUGCCUGUUCACAUUCCUUAUCUAGUAUUUAGUCUUGUAGGAGCCAGAUUCCAGCUCUUGUACGCAUCACACCCCACGCAGAACAUAACAGCCGAUGAACGCAUCCCAGUGUACACCCCAGCAUCCAUAUACUCCUCUCUUUAUGGUAAACACAUCCUGCCAUUCACAUGUGAUGUUCCCCAUCCUUGGGGAGGAAGAAGCACCAGAGAUUGUACAUUAACCUGCGUGACAAUUGCCUGUGUAUCUAUUUCAUUACAGAGAUGCAAUUAGAUCUUGUUUACUUAAAUUUUCUAUUCUGUCCUGCUCACCCUAAAGAUCCCCCCCAUUGCCUGGCUUUAGUGACUAUUUCAAGGUAUGGUUUUCGUUCAUUCUGCUUGUAAUGCUCUUUUUCUUUUUUUAGUUCUAGUAGGCGGUUGCUGUCAGGCUACCUGCCCUGCGAAGGCAAUUUGACGAGAAAGCAAAGGUUAAUUUUGAUAGUAAGUGUAGCUUUAGGAUAUUGCUGCCCUUCAGGUCUUUUCAAGCCUUAAAUUCUCCGACGAUUGCUUGUUCUUUGGAAAUGCUAGAUAUCAUUGAGUUGGUGUAGUGGUUUUAACUAGAGGAAGUCCUCUUUCCUUCUGUCAAGAGAAGGAACUCACAGGCUAGCUCCACCGUUUUGAGGUUGUCACAGGCACCAGCCGUGCUCCUGACCCAGCAUACGAUCGGCAGGGUCCGAAGAGGACCACCUUCAUCGCUCAAAGGAUUUCCAGCAUAGGUGUGGCAAUUAUGAUUACCCUGCCGUGGUCAUCUGCGUUAGAAAAAAAAUCUAGCUUUUAGAAUGUGGCAGCUGUCACGUGGCUUUAAAAGGCUCUGUCUUUCCAUCCUCUUCCAUCUUUUACAAGGACUUAAAAGUAUUCCUUUUGCUUCAAGAGCUUGGUUUAAAAAAGAAAAAAAUAUUUUCCAGUUUUGCGUCUCUUUUUUAUGUAUAUAUAAAUCACAUACUUCUAAAACGUUGAAACAACUGUAGGUGUUCCAGUGUUUCGGUAAAGUAAUUAUGACACGAGGGGGAGAAAUAGCAGAAAAUACUUUGCUUUCAGUAUGCGAGCUGGCAAGGCCCACUUGAAGGAUGUGUUUUGUUCCCCCUCUAGUGGCGGCCUUACUAAUAGUAGUACCUUCACACCUGCUGGAGAAUGCGUUAUGCUUCUCAAGAUGAAGAAUUCUGCACUGGAGAUCCUUAUGGCUAAAGUUCUUUCCAUCCUAUAAUUACAUUGCUUUCUUGAUGUUUUUCAUACACUUUUCUGUUUCGUAAACCCAGCAGCUAUUCCUAGCACUGCCCAGUGAGUUCUGUGUUCUUGGUACUGAUGCUAUAUAAUUGCUACAGCCCAGGAAAAUACUGCCUCCCAAGUAUUAUUUCUCUCUCUGUUUCUUUUUCCUGCCUGUGCAAUCAUUGCUCAACAUCUUCUCUUCUUCCUCUGUUGCUCUUUGUCUCCCUUGUUCCUACUUUCCUGAAUACCAGCUUAUUGCUGUACCCUCACCUCUGCAGCCCAGUUUGACUUCUGUCACCUUUCUCCUUGCCUUGGAAUCUUUAGUUCCCACAUGACAUAGGAUUUGCCUAAAGCCUUUUAAAAAGAACAAAUACAACUCUAUGCAUAUCAUUCUCCUGCAUGGUAACUCCCAGUUGUCUCCACCCAGAUUGCUGACCAAGUCAACACUUUUGCUUACCUUAUUUUCCCAGGCUAUUCAUUAGUUUCUUACAUAGAACGGUGAGUAUUAAAAUAAGGACAGGGAUUCUUUUUUGUUUGUGCUCAUGGAAAUCUGAUUUUGUUGUUUGCAUGUCUUGGUUUCUAACCAUAGCAUUUUAGCUGCAAAGUAUCCUAUACAUACUACUGUAACGUUUUGGUUGGUCGUUUUCCUUAUGUGUGUCUGUUCUUUUUUUAACUCCAAAAAACUUGCCAUGAAAAAAGCUGCAUUCUCCUCAAUUUGUUUUUUUAAUUACCUUCUACUUCUUUAUCUGACCCAUUCCCAUUUAUGAAAAUCUUGUCCUAGAUUAGAGCACAUGUUUAUGUAUGCCAGACCUUAAUUUCUGCUGCACAGAGUAUUGGAUUGCACUAACUUGCUGCCAUGUUUUGAUGAGUGAGGGUUUGGUUUUGUAGGACGAGGAGGGGGGAAUUGGGCAAUAAUAAUUAUUAGAUGAAUCUUGCCCGUAAUCAUCAUUUUUAAAUGGAUCAUGUGUACAGUCGUUUUCCAGGUACCAUCACUCUCUAGCAUGAUGAGGAUAUACCUAGAAUAGUGAUAAUUUAGAUAGGAGCAGGCUUAUCUCUUAAUGGCUAAGGCAGGAAACUGGCUUAGCCUCCACCAUAGUGGAGUCUGAAGUUUCACCCCUUUAGAUUCCCUCGAAUAAUUAUACUAUUUACUCCUGUGGAGAGGAGCAAAGUGUGGCACUUGGGGAUACAAAUUCAUCAAAGUUGACUCUGUUUUCUUUCCUUCUAAAUCUGGGUGGCCCAGGUCUCAGUGAAAGGAACAAGGUGGGGAGGGGAGCGAAAAAGGACUCUGUAAACAGAAUCUUCAGACGAUCGCCAUUUCUUCACAACCUGUCCAUAAGAAUGAUGGAUAUUUUGCCGUCUCCUUAAGGGUAGCUUCAGACAUUAUGAGAAGCACAUCUCUUAAUGUCUGAAAGGGACUGUGUUGCAGCAGGAUGCUUAAACUGCACAUACUUCUCAAGCCUGUUCAUAUCCCUCACUUAUUGGCUUUACAGUAGAUACACAUUAUGCAGAAGCGUUAUGCCACCAUGCAUUUGACCAUUAGAAUAAAUACCGACUUGCAGACACAGUUAACUGCUUAACAGUCUUAGAGAUGUCCUCCAUGUUUCGCAUGGUGCAGAAACAACCCAGCCCUUGCUUAAAACUUCUCAGAGACUUCUGGAACUGUGGAGAUUUAUUUUGAAAAGGGGUUAUUACCACUGUGAGAAACCUGUAGGUGUGCAUAAUUCUUCUAGAAUGCUGUGACUAACCAAUGCACCUUGUUUAUAUAAGACUCCUCAGUGUGAUUCCCUCCCCCCCCCCCCACUUUCAUAGUUCAUAAUCCUGGUUAUCGCAGAGUCUGUCACGCUGCCAGAAACUCACAGGUGAACUAUGAGGCAUUGUCCUGCUUUUAAAUCUGUCCUCAUGAGAAUUUGAGGACUGCCUCUGUUUACGAUUAAUUAGGCAGGCUUUCAUGUUACCUGUUUCCUUGUCUGUUCAUUACAACAACUAGAUUUCCCUUUUCUGUGGGAACGGGCUCUCCUUUAUUAGCCUCUUUUUGUCCUGGCUUUUUAAUUUGAAGCUGGAAGAAAGUUCAACGUGGCCGUGUCGUCGUGCCACAAACCCUAAGUCUUGCUGUUUCGACCAAAAUUUUGAUUGAAAAGCUCUCUCAGGCAGCCUGCACUUCAGUAUCCUGGCUCACAGCUCAGGGUGCCCCUGCCCUUGUAUCACCCCAAUGUGACACACACAAACCCCCUCCAAAAAAUGGCAAACCCCUUUGUGGUCGCUCAUUUCAGGACAGGGCCUGCUGUGAAAGUAAGGCAAGUCUUGGGCCACAACUUCACCCCGGCUACAUUCACUCAGCCAGCAAUCAAGCAAUAACUCACACUACAAACAGCACAAACAGUCUUAUCUCCAGCCUGAUAAGUCUUACAACGGUUGUAGGGAGAGCAGACCAAGCAAAGCUGAUGGGUCUUUAUUCAGAAGUGUCCUAUUAGGACUUGGUCUUUCUGCCUCUGUGGCUCUUGUGAAACUUGACUGAGCAGCUUCUGGAGCUCUUAACGUCCCUAAACUUUCCUGGCCAACAUGGUUGCCUUGUAGAUUUUUGACGAGAAAGGUUCACAACCAUCUACCUUCUCGAAAGACUUUCCCUAACUUGUCCUUAUCUCUCAUGUGCCCCCAAGGUCUGUCUUUGUGUUUUUCUCCUGCAGCAAUUCAGAGGUGAUGAUUAUUCUUUAUUUUGAAGGAGUCUGCUUUUGGAUGUUAGUGGGGUGUGUGUGUGUGUGUAUUUACCCAUAUGCCCCCAAAAGACAGAAAACAGUUGAUUUUUUUCCUUGAGUUUUUAAAAAUUAUUCCAGAAUCACAAAACUAGUUUGCAGUAGCCUAAUCCUUUCAUUAUGCUUUUAAAUCAGAUCAUAUUAGAAAUCUGUCAGUGCAAAAUUGAAAAUAAUAUUCAAAAUAAAUAAAUGAACAGGCUACAGAGGGACAGUAUAAGUACCCAUUAUUUGUGGUUAAAAUUUUAAUAUUAUAUAGUUUAUAUAUGGAUAACUUUGUCUUGCAGUCUUUUUUAUUUUAUUUUGGGGCUGGGUGUCAAUAUUUGGUACAAAAUAGGUGGUGUAUAUUUUUAAGCAAUAGCCUACCAUAGCCUAAAUAAUGGCCAGUCCAGAAGCAGAAACUUUCAAAUGUAACUGGUAUCUCAGUGGAGCUGAUGGAGUAGCCCUCUUCCCCAUCUCUCGCUCUGCUGCAUUGAGGUGAAGACCACCUCAGAGGCUGUUCUAGAAGGAAAGAAUGGUAAUGAACUGUUAUGAUUUAAUUAUGUGGCUGCAAUUUUAUUACCUUGGAAGGAUGCGUAUCCUGGAAAGUAGGAUAUAAAUAACCAUAAUAAAUAAAUAGAUAGAUAGAGGAACUAAGGGACUAGUUUUUUGGACUACAAUUCCCAUCAUCCCUGGCCACUGGUCCUUCUGGGUAUGGAUAAUGGGAGUUGUAGUCCAACAACAUCUGGAGACCCAAGUUUGGGAAACCUCAGACUAGAUGAUCCCCAGGGUACCUGCCAACCCUACAUUUCUGUGAUUCUAUGUGUGCAUUUGUCUCAUUCUAAAGUAAAAUUUGCUGAUGCAAAAGUUACACAUCUAAAUCCAGAUAUUUUGACACAGCAUUAACCGACUUUCCCCAUCACUAAAUAGUACUGUAUUUUCAUAAGCUCACAAGAUUUUUGUCCUGCAGUGCAAGUGACAGCAUGCUUUAGCGAAAUCAUAAAGGAAGCUAUCAGUAUCUCUGGUUUAAAACUGUAUUUUAAGAUAUUACUAUGAAAGUAAAAGUCCUGGUAUUUUUGCCUAGUUGGGAUGUAACUGAGGAAUGAGAGAAAGGAAAACCAUCUUUUCCAAGACCAAAGUGGGGAAAACCAGCCUACCUCUGAAUACAUUGCACCUUCCACUCUUGACCUUCUUAAAAAUAAAUAAAUUCAAACUCCCAGGCUCUGAAGUAGCAGAAGUCGGGUGCUUGGCCUGUUCCUCAUGCAUGUCACUCCCAUUCCUGUGCUGUCCAGGAUUCAUGGUGUAGAUGCUGUGGGAAAAUAAGAUUCCACCCCCCGAAUCUGAAGUGAGCCAAGUAGUAACUCCCAUUUUGUAAGAAAUUGACUUCAGUGCUGGUUGGCUGCCAACUUUAUUUGCCACUUCUAAAAUGAAGCUGUGGGAUUAGCUCUGGUGCUACAUCUUUCUGAUUGCGAUAUGGAUUUCCAUUGCACACUAACCUCUCUGCUAAUGAGUUGGCCUUCCAUGCAGCAGCAUGUAGGAUCAUUAACUUUGCUUAAUAACCAUUCUCAGGGCUAGUGAAGUCAUAUUUUUCUCUCUGUGGCAUAGUGACUAUCCAUCUGUCUGUGGAGUGAAGCUUUUAUACUCAGUAGGUCUGAAAAGGAGUGGAUUGUGAGCAGCCCGGGUGCUGUAAUAAGACCUGAAAACUGUGGCUUUAGAGCCACAGCCACGAAGGACAAGAAGAACAAAUGAUGGGGACACAAAAUAGAGGAAUAAAGUUAUUUGAAGUAGUUAGGAAAGCAUUGCAGAGCUCAUAAGUCAACAGGAAAGACCCUGGGCUAUUAGACAAUUUGGUGUGUUCCUAACAGAGGGAUUCUCCUCACAAAAAUAUAUCAGAUUGUUAUUGUAUAAAGAAUACUUUCAUUUGUUUUCUAAGCCCUAAAGUUUCAUGUUUUGCAAAUUUGGGUCCUAAAACAUUGUGUAAAGGAAUCGUUAGACCUUCAUUGCAGGGGGUUGGACUAAAUGACUCAAAUGGUUCAUUCCAACUCAAUGAUUUUAUGACAUCCAAAAAGAAGCUCAAACCUUUAAAAAAAAUGAGAUGCAGUACCUGUUAGGAAUAUUUCAAGUACAACAAGACCUGGUUUCCCUAAAGGAAAAGUCUUAAAUGACUUCUAAUGACCCUUGUAGACCGAAAGUGACUAAUGAUUCUUCAAUUAAUAGUAAAAUCACAAUGGCUGGCAGCCGCAUACGGACGUGUAUAACUCGGAAACCUUAUUUGGUUUGCAUUCAGACCCUCACAAAAAUCAGUGAGUAAAUAGAACUCAAAUUCCACUUACGGUUUCACAGAUAAAACGGAGACCGCAUCUCAACACUGGUUUGGUUUCAUUUGCUCAUCACCUCCUCAGAUAACUUAAAUCUUGAAAUUUUAGGGAAAGAUAUUAGGCAAACAAUUCAUUAAAUGCAACAAUGAAGAAGGGUGACAGAGUGCAGGGAGAGGGGUGGGCAGCUGUCCCAAAAUCUACAGCUUGCUGUUCCAUGCUAAGGUUUGUUUCAGGCCUGUAUAGAUCAUGUCUCCAGAGUGACAUAACCUUAUCUUGAGUAAAUGCAGAGAGCAUAUGCCUGUGAUAGACGUGGACCGUACCGAUAACUACAAUAAUUGCAACCCAUCCAUUUUGUUACGAUUCUAGGUUCCAUGGUUCCUUUCUCCAUGAGGAUUUUGCAUGCUGAACUUCAGCAGUACCUCGGAAAUCCUCAAGAAUCGCUUGAUAGACUGCACAGUAUGAAAACAAUCUGCACAAAGGUAAAGGGCAGUCAAUCUUUCUUCAAUACUUAGGCAUCAGUAGCCUUGCACUUUCUGUAGGCAGAGUAUUUAGAAUGUCUGGAGCAGCCAUCAAGCUUCAGUCAUUCAUUGCACAGUUAUGAUGCAAUAAUUCUUUGACAGACAAGGGUAGGCUUAAAAGAAGCUGCUCUUUUCCAGACUCAGUGGAAUUUGAAAGCGCUUCAUUUUGAAUGGCUCAUGCUCUGUGCUCCGAAAUCAUAAGAUUUUGCUGUUAGAAAUGUGAGUGUCCGUUACACCUUAACUCUGUAUUUCAAAGGCCAUUGCUACGCAGUUAUGUUUUCACUUUAAACAAACCAUCAGCCUAGUAAUGUGACAGACAAACAAACAAACCUUGGAGGGUGGCAAUAUCCAGAGUUAAAUGUUAGCAAUGUAUCCUACUUUAAAACAUAUCAAUCUUCUCAUUUAAUAAGAUGCUGGUAAUUUUUGUUUUCAUCAAACCCAACAAACCCGAUCCUGGAUAUGAGAACAAUCCAGCUGGAUCUGACCAAAAGUCUUGCCUCAUUCACAGAGGCCAAGCAGAUGACUCCAUCAAAUCCUUAAGCAGGCCAUGAAGGCUAUAGGCAUCUCCUCUGGUUGGUCCCCAGCCGCUUUUGCUCAGGGCCGUCCUUUCACUGAACAUGGAGGCUACUUAAUCACUGAUAGGCCCAACUUCCAUGAAUGUGUCUGACCCCUUUUAAAGACAUCUAAGGUGGUGGCCACCACCAUUCCAUCAGUCGGCUGUAUUGUGUGAAGAGUAUUUUAUUUUGACUUCCUUCAAUCUGCUGCCAAUAAAUUCACUGAGUUCUAGUAUGAUGAUAAAAGGAGGGACCUUUUCUCUGUAAACUUUUCCAUAUCAAGUAUUUGGACAAGAUGCAGCUAAGUUGCAGCAUACACAGAACAAGGUCUGCCUGCACAACGGGACUUUCCCCCCUCUCCUCUCUCUGCAUCCCCUAAAUCUUCUCUGGAAGGUUGGGAAAAGACCCAGAACACGUUCCAGGGGGCACAGGUGCCGGAGUCAGGGACGUCUCACUGCACAAGCAGACCUUGUUCUGUGCUUAUCCUGUGUAGCACUACACUGAAUAAGACCUUUUGCCUUGUCCCCUCUUAGUCCUCUUUUUCCUCAAUAUUAAAAUGUCCCUUUUCUCCUAUGGAAGGUACCUCAAUUUUCUGAUGAUUUUGGUUGCCUUCUUGCUGAUUUCAAAGGCAAUCCCACAUGUAAAAUAUGGCAGUAGUCUAACCUCUAGAGAAGAAGAAGGGUUUGGAUUUGAUAUCCCGCCUUUCACUCCCUUUAAGGAGUCUCAAAGCGGCUAGCAUUCUCCUUUUCCCUUCCUCCCCCACAACAAACACUCUGUGAGGUGAGUGGGGCUGAGAGACUUCAGAGAAGUGUGACUAGCCCAAGGUCACCCAGCAGCUGCAUGUGGAGGAGUGGAGACGCGAACCCGGUUCCCCAGAUUACGAGUCUACCGCUGUUAACCACUACACCACAUUACACCGCACUACAGCAAACUGUCCCUCAGACCUUGAGGGGCAGGCGGACUAUAUUGGGGGGGGGGGGAAAUAAACAAAUUCCUAUGCCCCACGAAUAACCCAGAGAUGCAUUGUAAAUAAAGGGACACAUUCUACUCAUGUAAAAACACGCUGAUUCCCAGACCAUCUGCGGGCCGGAUUUAGAAGGCGAUUGGGCUGGAUCCGGCCCCCAGACCUUAGUUUGCCUCUAGAGGUUACCAGAGCACAGAAUACUGGUGCUAUUCUUAUCAGGAGAGGCUAAUCAUCACAGCUCAAAUUCACACAUAUGCAUGCAAGAGGGAUGGGAAAGACUUUGCUGCAGUUGGAGAGCCUGUGGCCUUCCUGAUGCGACUGAACUACGACUCCCAUCUGCACCAGACAGCAUGGCUAAUGAUUGGGGGUGAUUGGAAUUGUAGUCCAGCAAUAGCUGGAGGGCCACAGCUUCCCCAUCCCUGGCAAGUCUCACCGUGAGAACCAGCAAGUGUGUAAUUUCAAGUGGUUCAGUUCACUGCUUCCAUUCAACAUGGCAAGGAAAAUGGAAAAGCUAAUCUGUCUGCACCAGCAUAUUUAAAAACUAGCUGGAACCCUGGCUAAACACUGCUCUUCUGCAAACAGCAAAUCUUGUGCCAAAAUCAUCAUUGGAGAGUUUGGGGGUCUUACUGGACCAAAUUCAAACUUGCAGUUUCUUUUUUUUCUUUUUCUUUUUACAUCCUACCGCCCCCCCAUAUGUCUCAAGGUGAAUGCCUUCUUUCACCAGUGUCAGUCUUUAAGUGGUCCCAGCUAGAUUUUCGAACGAACAUUUUCGCAGAGAUGAAUGGGGGUGGAGGGAGAAAUAAAUUAACAUCCACAGUGCAGUUUUUGUUUGCCUGAAGACAAUUCCCUACUACACUGGCUCCCCUGUACAAAAGUAUAUUGAUUUAUGUUAGGCAGGCCAGUGGUCCAAACAAAAAAAACACAACUAAGAGCUUUAAAAAAUGCCUUACAAAUAUAUAAAAAAGCAAGGCCGAGUCUCCUGAAGUGUAGAAUAUUCAAUUCUCAUCUUCCCAUGUGUUUUGUCCUGAUAAUGCCUAUAGGCUACAUAUUUACUCAACAGAAAAGAUGCACCAUCUAAAAUUCAUCCUAGGAACAAAGGCACAGUUCUAUAUUUCAUCAAAAUGCCAGGAACACUUUCAUGAAGCAACACAGAGAACCUUUUCUAACACUUGUAAUAAUGUAUGUGUGACCUUAAAAUUAAAAAAAAAAGAAGUCUUCUUUCAGAAGAUGGAAGCUUUGCCCAAAUGGGAAGAGCAGAAAGGAAAAUAAAUUCCUGGCAAAUGUAAGCUGGUGGUAAAGGCAAGUGAAAGAAGAGGAAGACAAUAUUGCUAAACCCCACAGUGAAAAUGUCUUCUAAGAACAUCAGGAAAUGAGUAAGGAGAUGGUUGGGCCCUCACACAUCAAAGGAGUGACAGAGGAGGAUGAGGAGAAACUGAGUGAACACUUUGCCCCUGCCUUUGUUGUGGAAGCUGUGGGCAGAUACCUGUCCUGUAACUGAUUGCAGGGAAGAUGUCUGAAGAAUCAUGUCCAAGAGAGGUGACGAGAUGAAGUUCCACGACAAGGGUGGGGAAACCGUUUCAGACCCAAAGGCCACAUUCCUUUCAAGCUACAUUUCAGCCACAAUGAAGUCAAAGGAAUCUACACGCUCAUCCCUCUCUCAGCACCUUUAAUGAACCACAGUUCCCAUGAUUCUUUGGGGGAAGCCAUGACUGAUUAAAGUGGGAUGAUGGGGCUUUAAAUGCAAAUUGCAGCUGGGGCCUUCCGUCUCUCAGCCAGCAGGAGCCGAAAUCAGCACCGAAACAGUGCACUCUGUCCCCAGGAGAGGGAGUCCCUUAUAUUUGCUGAUCAGCAGAAACGACUAGCUAAUUAAAGUACAAGUGCUCUGGAAUGAGUCUCAUUUAGUUCUCUUAGGCCAAAGGAUGCUACAAAUCAUGAUUUUAGGAGUGAUGGUAUUUGAGGCGUCACGGAGGGAACCAAAGAUCUUCUUCCAUGCAGAUGGGAGGUUUGAUUUAUAAUUUCAGGCACAAAACCAUUCAGAGCUAGCAGCCCAAAUAAUUUUCCAGAUCAUCACAGCCAUCUUUAUUUUAGCUUGCCCAGACUUCAUUUUAAUCACAGAAAUCGUUCUGAAAGAAAAUGUAUGUGAUACAGGAUAGAUCAUUGUUUAACUAGGAAUGAAACCCCUGCCAGAAGCUAUAAAACUACCAAAGAGAGAGAACAUUUGGGUUAGGUGGUGGUGGUUGUUUUUAACACCUCUUUUGGAAUCAGCUUGUAUUUUAUUUAUUUUAUUGCAUUGGCUCAGAUCCAGAGUUUCCAUGAAGGGGCCUUCACUUGCAGCAUGCUUCUCGGUUGCUUUCUCCCACCAGUCCCCUGUGCCUUCCUCAACAACUGCUCCAGAUGGUUGGAAGUACCUCAAACUGUAGAAGGGGGCUUCCGGGGGAAUCAGCAAGAGUGGCUUCCCCACCCCUCUUUCCACCAGUGAGUGCCUCCACUGAAUUGCUGUCCCUUUUGUGAAUGGAAAGAUAAUGUCAGAUCCAACCUAUUGCAGGAAAGGGGCCAGCAUGUACAUUAGCAUGCAGAAUAUCUUGGAUUCAGUCCCUUGCAUCUCUUCAAGUGUUCAGAAAGCUCUCUGCCCGACAACUCUGCUGCAAUACUGGGCUCGGUGAGCUCUGGCUUCAUCUCCAUAUGUCCACAUAUCUCUCACUUCGUCCAAGUAGUCCCAAGCUGGCGUACACGGGCAUGAUCCCAGUUUAUCCUCCCAACAGUCUUGGGAGCUGGCUUAGGCUGUGACUGGCCCCAUACCAGUUACAGGGUUUCAUUGCUGACCAGCUCUUUGGACCCUGAUCUCCUUUGUCUAGAACCAAACACUCUGCCUGCACAAUGGUGUCACCCGCCUGUCUGAUUGAAGCCCACCAACCAUGUCUUGUGGCAGGCACAGUCUCAGUCACUGGCAGGCAGCCCAAAUGGGAAGCCCUCGCUGGCCUGUCGUCACCGGUGAGCAAUGACUGGCUCCACGGAUGACAAAUUCGUUUAGUGGAUAUAUACAGUCCUCAAAGCAGCUCACAACACUGAACAUGCUUGCUUCAGUUUGUGUUGCACUGCUUUCAUUUUGUACAGGCUAAUAACCCUCCCCUGAAGGAAAUAAUUGAUGUCCUGCCUAACGUGUUUUUCUCCAGUUAUGUUCGGAAUAAGGUAAAGGGUAAAGGACCCCUGGACGGUUAAGUCCAGUCAAAGGUGGCUAUGGGGUUGCGGCGCUCAUCUCUCUUUCAGGCUGAGGGAGCUGGCAUUUGUCCACAGAAUAUUAACUCUUGGGUGUAUGUCAUUUCAGCCAAGCAGCAGUAUGAAAGCAUUCUCUCUUUUUCUUCUUAAUUGAUUUGAAGGGUGAUUCCUAUUACUUCCAAUAGAUUGGUGAUUUCAAAAGUUGCUCCCAUGGGGUGGGGAGCCCUGUUUGAAUCUUUGAAUAUGGUGACCGUGACUGAUUUCAGUUUACAAAUAUUUGCUUUCACUGUGGAAUGGUGUUCAAACUCAACAAAGUUGCUUAAAAAAAUAUUCAUUGCAGAUACUGGAUAACUUGGAAUGUGGCUUUGCAGAAGAUGGAAGCAUGACUAACAUUACCCAAGAGAACAGGCAAGGUAGGCACAACCCCUGAAGCCUUUUCUUCCACAGUCGGUGUAUUUUUAUCACUUGCCCAAAUACUGUCAGAAGUUCUCACAAGAUUGCUCUGUAGCUGUUAAAACAGUGGCAUUGUCGCUCGUACAGCCUUUAAAAUGAUGCACCCCUGUAUUUUGAUUGCUGGGAAUCAUUUCGCAGAUUUGCUUUUUAUUUUUGAUCGUGGCGAUGCAUUAAAUCACAAUCUUCUCUCCGGUUUCAAAAAAAGGAAAAUCGCUGCCAUUCUAGAAUGACAGAUUUAUGAUAAUAGCAGUGCGGUGCUUAGAAACCAAAGGAGCAUUUAGUCUUAAAACUCAGCCCAUUGUCCCCAUAAGGCUCUCUUCCUGACAUUUGAGGUUCUUGUUUGAACCCGUGGCUUGGCCUCUAAGCUGUCAGUUGCCCGGUGGGUUGUUGGUUUUUUUAAGGCUUUUCCACCCUACAAUGUCAUAUUUAAUUUUUUUGCAGGGCUUCUACUUUGCCCAUAUUUCCCCAAGAGUGGAAAGGGGGGAGUGAUGUUUUUAUUUGUUACUAUGUUUUGUGUUUUAGUAUUGUAGACCACCCUGUGAUCCUUGCAGGGGUGUCAACUUGAAUAAAAUAUUUUUUGUGGGGGGGGGGGAGGUAAGCCCCACCCCCACAUAAUUGAUCAUAUGUAAGGAUGCUGUGCUGGAUCUUGGUCCCACCUAUGAACAGAAGGAGUCUUUCUGUUCACUGAUGCCUGGUUAAAAGCCAAACUUCUUUUUUUCAUUUAAGAUAAUUGACAUACAGUACUUGACGAAUUUCUGUUGUGCUGUGCCCUUAGCAAAGUUUAUUUUAGGUCUCUUGACUAGUUCCAUACCGUCAGAAAGCCACCUGGGUCCAGGCAGGCUAGGUUGAAUUUGGCACGCUCCCUUGAAUUGCCUGCAUAUAAAUCUAGUCUUCCUCCUGUUACAUCGAGUAAUUGAAGGUCCAGCCAGUCUUUGUGAGCUUGAAUCAGCCAGAGGCAGGGUACUUAUUACGAGGUAGACAACCCAAGCACCGUGGUGGAAGUGUGACGCUUUCUUGGGGUAUAGAACUCAAGAAUGAACUGGGAUCAUAAAGAACUGGAUGAAGAAUUAAACUGAUACAAAGGUCUCAAUAGUUUAUUAAAAACACGAUAAAACAUUUGUCCGCUCUCUCUCUGGUAUUACUUUGACCAAAAUACACUAAUGCCCUCAUACAACUUUUAACAAGGACACCCCUCCCUGUCCUCAUUGUAUUGACAAUGGCAGAGCUAGGGAGAAAUGUGUGGGUGGGGUGGGAAAUAAAAAUUCUUCAGCAAUGUUACGACACCCCAGUGUAGAAAUGGCUCUGUUUCCAGUGACUUUUCUUCAGCUCGUAGAACGUAAGAUGUAAUGAGAGAGCGGUUCUGAAUGUUGCCUUUCUUUUAUCAAAUAAUUAUAGCUAGCCACUACCCAUCUAGAAUUAGGGGGUUAAGGGUAUGACUGCAAGAUAAGGGAAACCAGUGGGUUUUUUUGCAUCUUGAGUCCUGACUGCAAUGGAAGUAGCCAUUCAGGCAAAGCUUGCUAGUGUUGGUGGCUAUGGGGUGUUCGUUUUCAGAGCAAUCUAGGGCUGGUUAAGUAAAGCCCAUUCUAAUCCACACAAAGAAACCUAUAGCUGCAAAGCCUCAAAACUACUUGAGAGGGGGAACCAUUAAAUAUUGGGGUGGUGCUUCCCAUUUCACUGUGUUUAACCAACCUGGCUCCAAAUAAUUUUGCAUUGUUUCCCCGCCAGCUACAACUCCUCUCCUAGUUGCGCCCUGUGGUCCUUCCCUCUGCUCCCCACCCUCCGGUAUGAUGGUUUCUGUCUGCCUGCUCUCGCUCUCCUUUGGCGCAGCUGCUUUUCAGAGCUCAGCUGAGCUCGGCGGAGGCUGGGAAGGAGAGGCAGCCAGCAGAAUCUUUAGGGGAGGAGGGGGGCUUUUGAGCAUCUGUGAGAGGUUGUUAUGCGCGUGGAGUGCGGCAGCAUUACAGCUGCCUGUCUGCCUAAUGCUGCCCAGAGGACACUUGUGGGGACUAUUGGCAUCUCUUCCAGAGUAGGUCAAUCAGAUCUGCUCUCUGCAAGGGCCUCUGGUGCAGUUUUGAGCUGCAGGAAACUUUCUCUAUCUGUUUUUGUGCGCGCUCCAGCUGAGGCAAACCUUUAUUUUUUGCCUUGUGAACUGUGACUGGAAACAAGCCUCAGUUCUUUCCGGGAUUAGAUCUGCAGCAUAAUUUCCCUACUGCUGCUCUUAAGUAGGUGUUGCACAAACCAGCUUGUUGCAGAACAGGGCAGGACAUCACAUUUGCCAUUUGUUCAGUGGGAGGAAAAAGAUUUAGCAUUGCACCAUUUUCCUGGCAGUGCAUUGCUUCCAUUCCCUCCUUCUCCUCCUCCUCCUCCUCCUCCUCCUCCUCCUUCUUUUGCAAGGCAUCAAGUCCUACAGGUGCUCCACAGCACACAGUUCCCAGAGCAACAAAAAAUGCACAAAAGGGAUGCAGCCAUAAUAUGACAGUGGUUACAAAUAAAAAUGAACACAUUCUGCAUAGCUUUGCUCUUAUUUAAAAAAAAGAGCUUAUUUUAAUUGUAAUAAUGCAUCUUAUAUAGGUUUGCUCAACCUGAUAUUGGACCUGCUUCACUUCCACUGAUACCAAGCAGCCGUAGGAAGCAUUGGUGGGUUUUGGACAGCUUUGCAUCAUCUGUAGGGGAAAGGAUAACAUCCACAUAAUGUGCAAUUUUUGCUCUUGGGCUUUCUAGGUCAGGAGUGAGGAUAUGCAGGGGGGGGCAGUGUAAUGUGCAUCCAUGCCCACAUGUACUCACACAUAUGCAUAUAAUAGAAACCAGGGGUGCCAACUUGAAUAAAAUAUUGGGGGGGUAGGUAGGUAAGCCCCGAUGCACAUAAUCGAUCACAUGACAUGGCACACACACAUCUUUGAAUGGCAAUGCCCAUCAACUCGAGGGACCUCAAAUAUUUGGGGGGGGCGUGAAGGGACCUCCGCCCCCAGGAGUUGGCUCCUAUGAUAGAAACACACAUAAUUAUUAUUUUUUAAUGGUGAAUGCUGGCUUGAGUUUUAAAGGUUGGGCAGGGCAUUCAUUUGAACUAAUCUAAAUGAAUAACUCUCUGCUAGUCCUGGAUGUGGCUAUUAAUAAGGAGUUAAAAAAAAAAAAAAAAAAACACCAGCCAAGGUUUGCAGCAAUAAAAAGAGCAUACUGUGUCAGACAGGAAAAUUGGGGCACAUUUCCUUGCCAUUCCGGCAAUUCUAUUGCACCUUUCUUUCUCGCUUCCUCUCCUUGCGAUGCUCCUUCUGAGUGAUAACCACAAUCAUGGGCACAUCGUCAUCACCUCCACCCUGAAAGCAAUUAAAUUGGCAGCCUGAUCCUCUGCAUCAGAAGUGGGUCUCGCAGAACGUCCUCUUAAGUGCGCUUCGGAUUGCAGCCCUGGACAUAUUUAACUACAAAUUAGAAACCAUUCCCCCCCCACACACACACACACCCUUUACCCCAGCGCUCAUUUUGUAACAGGAGAGGCUCUGUUAGUUGGCUUUGCGACUCUCGGAUCCCUUUAAGCAGCGAACAAUCAAUGUGAGCCAUUCCUUUUCACACAGCAGGAACCUGUCUGCAAGCGAAGGGAGCGAGAGAUCGGCUGCUGCUGCUGCUAUAAUAUGCAGCAGCCUUUAAACCCCAUGUGUUCCAGUAGCGUAGGGGUGUCAGACCGGCUCGGCAGCAUCUCAUACGCCAGAGGCAAUAGUGCAGGACCCCAGACCAAGACAGCCCUUCAACAUUCAUGCUCUGGUUGCAAAUUCAGUUUUUUUAAAAGAAUUGCUGGUCAGUUUUGAAGGAACUGAGCAGUGUAGAUUUUAAAGCUUUUAAUGACACAGUUGUAAACUAAUGCUUGCGAUAACUGAGCACCCUUUCCCUUUCCCUUUCCCUCUCCGCCUUUUGUUCUGCUGUCGGGGAAAAAAUGGAUGCUUCCUUGCCUGAGCUAAAACCUGAGAGGUCGUUUCCCAGCUUUGCGUUAUUGCUUCAUUUAUUCCGGCAGUCUGUUCCUCUCGCCAAUCAAGCCUCGCGCUAUCGAGAGGGUGCAGGGUUUUUCCGUGCAAUGCUAGCAGAAUGCUAGCAAUACUGCGCUCGAGAUGCAGCGGUGUUAACGAGGGGAAAUCAUUUAAAUCAGAACGCAUAUGACUGAUAAUUGAUGGCUAGGGAAAGAGCUUCUAAUUUAUUUGUGCACAUUCACAAGCUGCUCUCAUUUUACAGCCUCCGUUCAGCUGUGGAGGUCACGUCUGGGCCGGGUGAUGUACUCUACAGCAAACUGUCUGCUAAUGAUGAAGGUAGGUGGGUUACCAUAUAUACUCGAGUAGGUUCUCAGUGAGGCUGAGGAUGAGUUAGAUCACUGCUUGCCGUUACGUGGGGUGUAAGCCGGAUGCACCUGCUGAAAUCACUUUAAGCAGCCAUGCAAGAACGAGGCAGAAUAUACAUUUUUAUGGCUGGAUUUCCAACCUGCUAUGACCAACGUCAGUUUCAUGCCUUCUCACUCCCUUUUUCAUGCCUGGUGUUUACGUUUGUUCUACUUCCACUUGUUGACCAGUGAGCCAGUGUGGUGUAGUGGUUAAGAGCGGUAGUCUCGUAAUCUGGGGAACCGGGUUCGCGUCUCCGCUCCUCCACAUGCAGCUGCUGGGUGACCUUGGGCCAGUCACACUUCUUUGAAGUCUCUCAGCCCCACUCACCUCACAGAGUGUUUGUUGUGGGGGAGGAAGGGAAAGGAGAAUGUUAGCCGCUUUGAGACUCCUUAAAGGGAGUGAAAGGCAGGAUAUCAAAUCCAAAACUCUUCUUCUUCUUCUUCUUGACGAUGCCACGGGUUUCAGACUUGACAUGUAGUAUUUAAAUGUGUUUAAAUACUACUCAGGGUCCCUUCCAACUCUAUGAUGCCAUGACACUGAUUCCCUUGUGGCUUACUAACUCAAGAGUUUUCAGAUCCUUUUGUUACGACGACUAUUAAUAAAUAAGGUAAAGGUAAAGGGACCCCUGACCAUUAGGUCCAGUCGUGACUGACUCUGGGGUUGCGGCGCUCAUCUCACUUUAUUGGCCGAGGGAGCCGGCAUACAGCUUCCGGGUCAUGUGGCCAGCAUGACUAAGCCGCUUCUGGCGUACCAGAGCAGCGCACGGAAACGCCGUUUACCUUCCCGCUGGAGCGGUACCUAUUUAUCUACUUGCACUUUGACGUGCUUUCGAACUGCUAGGUUGGCAAGUAUUAAUAAAUACCUUUGAGCUAAUUCAGGUCCUUCCAAAACUGAGAUCUCUACGUGGUUGAGUAAAUUUAAUUUCCCAGGCCUUGUUCUCCUGGUUUCCUUUUUUCAAAAGGCUGAAAUCAGUCCACGUGUCCAAAGAAGGCCGGCGUCUUGAUUUAAUGCAACUCUUAAGAGCUAGCUCUCAACACCUUCACCCAGAACAUUUCUGCGUGGAAAGAUGAAGGAAAGCUUUGUUUCCCCAGCAGCCAUUCACGUGCCGUGCUCUGUUGUGAGUUGCGUUCAGUUUCUUCCUCUCUACUGGAUCUAUGAUCCCUGUACAGACAGUUUUGCAGCAUUUGAACCCGUCCUGAGAAAAUAGCUGGCCUGUUUUCCAAUGGCUAACGUGCCAACUCACGCAGCUUGAGCAGAUUUUGUAAAUCUCAGAAUGGCGGAAGGAUAAUUUUGCAAGUCAGAGUGAGAAAUUUUUAAUGAUUGAAAAGGCUGGGCUCCUGUAUUUUGUUAAUUAUCGUGAUAAAUUGCAUCGCUUCUAGAACCUGGCAUGCGCAUUUAACAGACAAUCCUUAAAUGCAAUCCAUAUGCACAAAAGUCAGCAGGGCUGCAACAUGAAACGUAAUCAUUUGGAGUUGGCAACAUGAAACAAACCCUUUGCGUCACUUGAAAGUAGCCCCAUUCAACAAGCUGUUUGCAUCACUUGGAGACUCCUUGGACUUUGCUAUGAACCAUUUUAUUUGCGGCACAUGCAGAGAAGCAGUAUACGCAAAUAACAUGACCGAAACCAACUUGGGGAUAACACUGUACAACAAACCAUUUGUGUGAAGCAGCACUAUAUGUGGUUCUUAAAGGUAAAGGUAAAGGGACCUCUGACCAUUAGGCCCAGUCGUGACCGACUCUGGGGUUGCGGCGCUCAUCUCGCUUUAUUGGCCGAGGGAGCUGGCGUACAGCUUCCGGGUCAUGUGGCCAGCAUGACUAAGCCGCUUCUGGCAAACCAGAACAGUGCACGGAAACGCCGUUUACCUUCCCACCGGAGAGGUACCUAUUUAUCUACUUGCACUUUGAGGUGCUUUCGAACUGCUAGGUUGGCAGGAGCAGGGACCGAGCAAUGGGAGCUCACCCCGUUGCGGGGAUACGAACCACUGACCUUCUGAUCGGCAAGUCCUAGGCUCUGUGGUUUAACCCACAGCGUCACCCACGUCCCCACUGGUUCUUAGCCAGUGCAAAAUGCAUGCAUUCAAUCAAUCAAUCAAUCAAUUGGGGUUUACCAUGCCAUUAUUGAGAUUACUGGAACAGCAUGAGAGGCCAUUCCCCACAAAGAGAUUGCCACGUACCUUCUCACACACAGCUGCAUUUCAAACCAGCUUGCGUUUAUGAAUUCCUUCCUAUUGAACGCUGGCAAUGUCAGUGUUUUAUUUGAAAUGGACAAGCUUUUGUUUACUGAAGGAGUGAUAGUAAUCGUCAAGAAACUCUAUGAGAAGUUGGUUUUUGUAGAGGCAAAGAAUACUGUGAACUCUGACUGCUGGAGACAGGUUCAAAUCCAAUAUAUCUGUCAAAUGGAAGUCAAAUAAUAAAAGACCUGGUGAGGGGGAAAACUUUUUUUUUAGCAUACUUGGCAGAGCAGUGGUACCACGUAGGUGAUUAACAGUGAUAAGAGGAAAAGAUGCUUUGUUCUAGGCAGGAAAUAGCAACAGUAUGCUGUAAUAGUCUGAAGAUCAUAGCAACAAGAAAUCAUUUAAAAAACAAGGAAAGUGUUGUUUUAGCAUUUUAAUGAUAAUAAAGUGCAAAAGUAAGAUCCCUUUUAAAAUACUCCUUUUUAAAAUACACAGGUUGUAUAGACGUCUUUGUUUCUGCAUUCAACCCUUGCUCCUCUUCUUUGUAUUAAAUCUUUCUUGUAUCAUCUCCCUUUAGUAGCGGCUGGCCAUCUGUUUGUUUUACUUUCCCCCCUUCUUUAUAAUUCUUUUGAAGCACCGCAACUCAGUCUUAGAUCCAAAUGCAAUCAUGGUUUGCAUAAACAGCCAUCUCUAAACACAGCCUUCCAAGACCAUUUUGAGAAUUCCGAUCUCUGCCUUGGCAGCGUUGUGUUCAAGCGUUAAGCCCUUGUUAAAAAAUUUCUCGCAACUUGCCCGUCGAAUAUUGCUGUCUGCACUUCCCAGCUCAGGCAUUCAUUUCCAUGGAAGAUUCUUCCGCCGAGAGCAAUGUUCACAUACUAAUUUCAAGGAAGGAAAUUGGAUUUCAAGGCUGUGGCCACAAUCCAGGGAAACUGCGGGGCUUUGUUGCUUGGUAGGACGUUUAAUUUCGGUUUUCCCUCGCCUCCCCCCCAAAGCUUCCCACAGCUUGCAGCAAGCCAUCUCUUGAUGCAAUGGACUGAGAGGAAGUGUCCCAUCAGGUGCACCAAAAUUCCUUGAGAAAGGUGCUCUCUAGAACAUGGCGUGCCUUCUCCACAGAUGCAUCCCUAUGGUGGGGAGCGUGAGCCACAGUGGGAACAUGGCUUGUUUGUCUCAUUUUGGAAUCGCAGAGCUGCGCCCUGCCCUGCUGUAAACAAGUAUCCCAACCCCGCUGAAUCAACAGCGUUAUCUGCCAUUUGUGGAAUAGUCACGCUCCCAAUUCACAUCUGACACGCAGCGUGGCGCCACGUUCAUAAGUCAUGUAUCCCCAUCCAUGCGCAUUUGCACUUCUGCAAACGCCGCGGAUUUAUACAGUGUUGAACCAUGUGCCUUUUAGAAUAAGGGAGGGGGAGAAAUAAGCUUGCCCUCCCCUUACAUAUUUUCCCCUUUCAAAAAAUGUAGUUAAUGAAGAAAUCCAGUUAACGUAAUGUGUAAUUUGGGGUUGCUAUAAAAGCAUUCGCCUUAAUUUUCAUAAUGAAAAUUAAUCACAAAAUCACACAGGUAAAAAUUAAAAUCACAUGAGUACAGAUAAUUAAGAGUGUUUGUUUACAAGAAUUGGGCGCAUUUUUAUUUUUAUUUUACUUUUCAUGCUUUCAAAUAAAUCAUUUAGUUGUCAGCUUUGAUUUCACGUGUAAUAAAGUUAGGAUUUUUUUUGGUUGUUGUUUCUUCUGUCAUCGGUGUAAAGUGCAAUAUACCACCAUCUAGUGACAUCCCUCCCUCCCCCCGCCCAAAAAAAGUGCUGUUUUCUAGCGCUUGUGUUCUAACUAAUUUUGGAAAUAGAUUCUUUCUAAUGAAGAACACAGGGAAAAUAUGAUGAUGUGGAGAUUGAUGAGAAGGUAUAAGUAACCAGUCUAAUUAAAACAGCAUUUGCUAUUAACUGGAUUAAUAGCAGUAUUGCACCUUUAAAAAAAAACAAACGUAAACUGGUUAGGAGUGAGCUCUUAACACUGGAAUGAGGGCAUGCCGUUUAAAUACCAAUGCGAAGAGGAGGCCACAGACUAUAGUCUGGAGCCCCAAUGAAUGGAGAAAGGGAUUUGGAGUCAGUUAUGCCUCAUUUUUGCAAUCAACCCUCCAACUUGCAGAUCAAAGGGUUUUGUAUGAAGAGUUUUACUCUUCUGUUCCAUUUGGAGGAAGUCUCCUGUUUUAUAAUUGUAACAGCUCUGUCUAUAUGUAACUGCAUAUUAUCUGGCUGUAGCCUGCCCUGGGACCUUAAGUUGAAGGGCAGGUGAGAAAUCUGAUAGAUAAAUAAAUAAAAUUCAACAAAUAAAUUGACAAAGGGCUGUUUAUCAUAAAUUUCACAAAUAGCCAGUAUUUGCCCAUAAUGCUUGAGAGGCUGCAUUCUGCACCGUAAUCCUGACAGCAGUACAACCUAACUGGAAAAUAACUCUGGCUGUUUUCUUUUUUCAUGAACAAAGACUUUGUGUUUGAGUGCUGGAAGGUGAGUUCUCCCCAGCACUAGCGCAUAUCUCCAUCCUUCAUUUCCCCCCUUGUUUUCUCUUGAGCAUUCUACCCUUGCCUUUUCCUCCCACUAUAUAGAUACAAAAGAAUCAUCUAACUAUGAAACCGGCAUGGAGGUUUGUGUUUACUGAUAGCACUGAGAUAAAUAAAUAGUAACAUUAAGGGGAAAACAAAUGAACAUUAAUUUUCACCUGUACGUUUCCCCCUCUGGGGCAGAUUGUUUCAUGGAGUGAUUUAAUUUGGGGAAAUGGUUCAGGGAGAAAGAUUGAACCCUUUGCUCCACUCCCAGAGUUGCAGUUCCCAACUGAAUCGUCUAAAGAAAGUCAGAACUGGAGAAUAAGGGAAAGGAUCCGGAGCCAAGGCAGUUUGCUUAUUUGGGAGCAAUUACUCUGGGUCUAGAAGGGUGACGCUGUGGGUUAAACCACAGAGCCUAGGACUUGCCGAUCAGAAGGUCAGCAGUUCGUAUCCCCGCAACGGGGUGAGCUCCCGUUGCUCGGUCCCUGCUCCUGCCAACCUAGCAGUUCGAAAGCACAUCAAAGUGCAAGUAGAUAAAUAGGUACCACUCUGGCGGGAAGGUAAACGGCGUUUCCGUGCACUGCUCUGGUUCGCCAGAAGUGGCUUAGUCAUGCUGGCCACAUGACCCGGAAGCUGUACGCCGGCUCCCUCGGCCAAUAAAGCGAGAUGAGCACCGCAAUCCCAGAGUUGUCCACGACUAGACCUAAUGGUCAGGGGUCCCCUUUACCUUACUCUGGGUCUGCGAUUUCCAAAGGCAUUUUCUUGCAAAAAUGAGCAAGUUCUUGGUGGCUCAUGCCUUCCGAAGGAAACAUUCUCCCUUGCCCUCCAUUGUAGCAUCUUGAGGAGUCCAGACCACACACAGCUGAUUCAGAUGUCUAGGAAAGGCACGUGGUAUAGUCUCAUUACAAAUAUGUACUGUCUCAUGAAACGAUGUGGGACAACCACAUGUAUCUUCAUCUUGUGUUUGGCUAGAAGCCCUAAUAUAUUGGUUUUCCCUAGAGAGGCAGAUGCUGACAACAACUUUUCAUAUAAGUGGUCCAAUAUUUAAGGACUGUACCACAUCAGAGAGCAUGUUUGAGUCAAGACUCAGUCUGUUCUACAUGUAGAAGGAAUGUGCAUGUCAUGAGUGGAUGUAAUAAUUGUUACAUAUAUCGCUGAUGAUCAUUGCUUCAUAGUGGGAAAUAAGUGAAAAACGUAUGCUUUCAAUUUUACUUCCAGUACUACUAGAAAGCUAAACGUGAAGAGAACAUUAGUUCACUUUUGUGUGUGUGUGUGUGUGUGUGUGUGUUUUGCCUGGUUUAAAUUGUUAAACACUUUGGAAAUACUGCCCUGCAUUUAAAAACAUAGACGUUUGAACUGUUCUUGUAAAGGUUUGCUUUUCAGUUUUUGCUUAAAUUUAUUUUCCCUUUCAUAUUGCUGGCUAUUAAUAGACUCUUAAGACAGAAACUUGUUCGUUUUCUCUCUCUCUUUUUUGGCAUUUGGAUCUCAAGAAACCAAAACAGCAGAGAAAGGAGAGUUGCUUGACCUAGUCAGGCCUGAGACUGAUGCCUAAGGACUCUUGCUUGAUUUAGAGCCUCUGUCUUCUAAUUUAAAGGAGGCAUACAUCAUAAAUCUUUCUUAAAUUAUGCUGCAGUAAUACCACUUGGCUACAGCCUGUCUCUUGCUGUUGCCACACAAAUAACAGAAAAAAUGCUUCUGGAGGCUGUCAUAUCCACUGUAUUCCUUCUUGAAUUCCUGGAACUGUUCCAUUGAUGACUAAAUCAGUACACAGGCAAGGGCUGCCAUUCUGCACCCCAACUUAUUUUCUUAAGACCAGCAAUUUCGGUGGGAUGAAGCCCAUGUAACUGGAUUCUAAAGCGCUGCUUAAAUUUUGUCCUUGACAUCAGCCUUGAAGUUUAGAGUUGUUUUGGCCACUCUUAGUCAGUUGUUUUUAGAAUUUAUUUAUUGAUACUUAUUCAGAGAUAUACAAAAAUACAUACCCAUUACAAAGUAUUUUUUAAAUAAUGCACUGAUAUAAAACAGCUACUUAGUGUAAAAAAGAACGUAGGCAGAAAGAAGAAAGGACAAGAAAAGGGAAAACCUAAAGAAAGAGAAAUUGAGAGACGAGAGAGAAGAAAGAUUAGGGGAAGAAAGAUAAAGAAGAAUACAAGGACUUCCAGCUUUCUGCCCUGCAGCUGAAUAUAGUAUUCAAAUGGAGUCAAAUUUUAAUGUUCAUUAAACUUGCUCUUCUAUUUGAUAGGGUAUAUCCCCUUCUCAGAAACAUUUGACAGGUCUGCUUCAAAAUGCAGUAGUUUUUUUGGCUUCACAUCUCAGUCUAGUGUGACUACGAUAAAGCAUGGAAGCAUCUUGAUUGUGGGGCGGUGAAGAAAAAGAGAGUUGGCAAGAUUGAUUUUUAUUUUCAUUGUUUUUCAUUAAAUAUACCACCCAAUUAUUUAUUGGCUCCUUGGGGAGGGAGCAGCCAGAAUAAAUUUCUGAAUUCAAAACCGUUGAAUGAGGAGCUCUUGGAAGUGCAGAAUGGCUUUGAAGACCCUUUCCCGACUUUAUGACCACAGCUAGCCACAAGCCUACUCCUGAGCUCAGACCUUCAGAAGGAGCUCCAGGAGAAGAAAAUGGAAAUCAUUAGACAAGCCCUGCUGGAUUGAACCAAAGACCCAUUUAGUCCGGCACCCUGUUCCGUCAGUGGCCAACCAGAUACUUCUCUGAGAAGCCCACAAGCCGGACCAAAGUGCAGCAACACUUCCCCCAUUCAUGAUCUCAGCAGCUGUUAGAGGUAUUCUGCCUCCAGUUCUGUAGAAGUAAAGCUACAGGGAACCAGGCAGAGGGCCUUCUCAGUAGUGGCACCCACCCUGUGGAACACCCUCCCAUCAGAUGACAAGGAGAUGAAUAGCUAUACAACCUUUAGAAGACAUCUGAAGGCAGCCCUGUAUAGGGAAGUUUUUCAAGUUUGAUGUUUUAUUAUGUUUUUAUAUGCGUGUCAGAAGCUGCCCAGAGAAGCUGGGACAACCUAGCCAGAUGGUCAGGGUAUUAAUAAUAAAAUUAUUUAAUUAUUUUUAUUAGAUUGUACGCAGGCUAGUGUAUGGAGUCCUUUGAAUUGGUUCACGGGUUAUUUAGUGGUCAAAGCCGUUGCAUAGAACUGGUUGAGCCAUUGUGUUAAAUGCCCAGAACCUUUGUAGCAUCUCUCGUAUUUGGUCAGGGUUAAGCAUUUAAAGUUAUGCUAUGUGUAUCUAUUGGUUUGUUGUGUUUUAAUGUAACAUGGUCCGAGCCUAAGGAAUGUCUUGACUUAGGAAUAUUAAUAAAUAUUGCCCCGCCCGAUGUGGUAUAAUGCUUCUCUGCAUUGUCAUUUCUGUGCUGAGUUAUUUUUUUCAUUAUUUGUACAUUUUUUUAAAAAAAUCCAUAUUUAAAUCAAGACCAAGACCUAUCAAUCAAGAAGCCACACCCAGGAAGCAGACAAACGUUCUGAAAGCAUUCUUUGACAAUCAUCUCUUCAAAAACAUUAAGUGUAAAUGUGGGAGGAAUCCCUACUUGUUUGCUAAAUCCCCAUCCGUUUGCCCUGAGCUCCUUUUAAAAUUCCCUUCAUCUAGCCAUUGUGGCCGUUCCCUCAUCAUAAGAGCAGUGGCUGUUUUCCCAGCAAGAGGAAUUUUUAGGACAUUGGCAGUCAGUCUGACUUGGCUGUGCAGAAGGCUUCACUUGCCAAACAGAAAGAUGGUGAAGGAGAUAUGUGUGUGUGUGUGUGUACACGUACGCCCAUUGUGCAUGAUUUUGGCAAAUACAAAGCUGUUGCUUAGUGGGCAGAUAUAUUUGGUUCUGCUUUGAGGGGGGGCAGAGAUAUUUUGGUUUUAUUUCAAGUCUCCUUUGUAUUCACAGCUGUCCCAUUGCUCACGUAAUGGGUGAGGUCUUCAACCUGGUCGUGCAUCUUCUUGUACAAUCCAAGUGUCUUCCCUUACCCUGCUAAAUCCAGUAGAGCAGCAUUUAGUCAUAGACAGGGGCAACCCUUUCCUUGUGUUUUCAACCAUCCUAUUUUUUCUACCUUUAAACUACGUUGCUUCCAUCUGUUUAUCGUGCAUUUGCUGCGUGCAUAGAGCAAAGAGCAACUGCUGACCUUGCAUCUGUGUGUGUGUGUGUGCUUUCUACCCCCUAGGACUACGUGCUUGCUGUGGAGACAUAUCACACAGUCAUCAAAUAUUACCCGGAGCAAGAGCCUCAGCUGUUGAGUGGAAUUGGGAGGAUUUUCCUGCAGGUAUAUACUUGAUUCUGAAUAAAGCCCAAGUGACAGCCCUUCUUGACCACAAUAGAACAAAUAUUUGAGUGCGAUAAAAGUCCCCUGCUUGUAUAUAGUUUGAUAUGUUGGUUAUUAACCAAAUGGUACAACGGGAAACUCAACAGUUCAGAAGGUCGAGUUAACACCCAAAGGUCUGAACAGAGAUGGCUAAUUAAAUGGCAACUGAGAAUACAAAACUUGAUAAGGCAUGUAAGGAAGUUUGGGAAGAACGUUCUCGUCUUUAUUUGCCUGACACUUUCUCCCUUGCCUUUCUUGAGCAUUUCAAUUAUUAUUCCAUCCAGAGCAUAAUAAUGCUGUUUGUAGGUUACCAGGCACCACCGGUACUGCCAAACUCUGCUGAAAGGAGCAUGUAAUAGUCUAAACAACAAAGCCCGUGUCUCAUUAAAAUGAUACUUGAUAUUUGGUAAGCUGUGCUUUGAAGAGACAUUUCUCACUUGACACAUUUUCCCCCCUCUGCUAUAAAUUAAAUGUACAUCCAGUCAGUUUGCAAUGGGGUGACACACAUAAUCCACAUUUCUCUCUCUGUACAUGGAAACGGGUGAAUCUUCCAAUUGUGCAACUUGCAGUUUAGUAUUCAGGCUAGUGGCCCUCAAGACGAACGUGAGUGGGAGUGGGAGCGUGUGCAAAAGAGAGAACACACAGUUUCAUAGUGGGCAGAUUCCCAGCAUGAGCCACUUGAAUUUUCUGCCAUUGUCCUGCUGUAGCCCUUUAAAAAACAUUAGUGGUUGUCUUCAGCACCAAUCGGCACUUAUUGUUCUUUAGCUCUUUACUCUCCAUGCCCCUCCUGUCUUCCAAGAGGAGAGAUCUGCCACACCACAAUGGCGGGAGGGAAUACCUAGAUGCCCCAUUCCAUUGCCCAUGGAUGGUUAGCUUGCUCUUCUGCACUUUUGUCAAGCCACAGCCCAUCAGUCAUUGACAGAGCGGCUCUGAAUCGAAGCACGUGCUUAAGAGUUCUGGGCAUCCUACUUUGAAGUUUGAGCUCUUUAUAAAACUCGUACAUGACAAGGCAGUCUAUUCCUCUUCUUCGGAUAUUGUUCCCCUCCUUUUCUGUUGUUCAGGGUUUCUUUUUAUCACUUAAAUGGCAAGAUUUAAAUAUUCAUCAAGAAUAUUUAUAAAGAACCUCCCUCCCUCCCCAAUACAGUCGUAGCUUGGUUGUCCGUUCGGCUUCCAAAAAUGUUUUUACAACCAAGGCGCAGCUUCCGAUUGGCUGCAGGAGCUUCCUGCACGCAAUUGGAAGCUGCGUCGGACAUUCAGCUUCCAAAGAAUGUUUGCAAACCGGAACACUCACUUCUGGGUUUGUGGCGUUCAGGAGCCAAAACGAUGGACUAGUAAGGCGUUUGGCUUCCAAGGUACAACUGUAACAGUGUUCAUGGGGCAGCUAAAGCAGACCAAAAAGCCUGAGAAAAUAAGGCCUUUUGGCACCAAAAUGACAGCCUAGUAAGAAGCCAGAUUUGCCUCUCUCUGGGGAGAGCAUUCCACAGCCAGACACCAUCACUGGAAAGGCCUACUUUCCAAUAGCCAGUCACCAUACCACGCUAUGACCCAAUCCAUACCUUGAAAUAAACCCUUCACUCCUCCAUGAAUGGAAGCAACAAACCAUGAUCCCUAAUGUAAUUGUUGGCCUUACAUCCCAACUGGGGAUCAUGGCUUGUUUCACACCAAACAAGCUUUGCUUUCACAUCAUGGCCUUGUUUGAAGUGAAACAAACCACGAACUCUGCUUCAGACCAAACUCUUUAGGUCGGAGAUUGUGGUUUGCUACUCCCAUUCGUGAUGGGACCAUUGUAUGUUUUCCCGGGCAGUAAGCUUUUCGAAAAGGGACGCGGGUGGCGCUGUGGGUUAAACCAGAGAGCCUAGGACUUGCCGAUCAGAAGGUCGGUGGUUCGAAUCCCCGCAACGGGGUGAGCUCCCGUUGCUUGGUCCCUUCUCAUGCCAACCUAGCAGUUCGAAAGCACGUUAAAGUGCAAGUAGAUAAAUAGGUACCGCUCCAGCGGGAAGGUAAACGGCGUUUCUGUGCACUGCUCUGGUUUGCCAGAAGUGGCUUAGUCAUGCUGGCCACAUGACCCUCAGCCAAUAAAGCGAGAUGAGCGCCGCAACCCCACAGUCGGUCACGACUGGACCUAAUGGUCAGGGGUCCCUUUACCUUUACCUUUAAGCUUUUCGAAUUAAGUAUAAUAACUCAGCUAUCUCUCUCUCUAUCCAUCAUUAAAUGGUUGGUAUUUGAAGGCUGUCUGCAGCUGGAGAAGCAUUGAAAUAAUUGGGAGUAUAUCAAAUAAGGUUAUUAAAACAUAAAGUAGAGAUGUGUUAGGAAAAAAUAGUUUGUGCCUGUUUAUGUUACAUUUAUUGAUGACUUGUAAGUCCUUUCCAUAGCAGCUGGCUGUUCUGGGUCUCAGUGGAGCGCACAAGAGAGCAGAGUUCACUUCCUGGCUACGCUCUUUUUUUUUUCCUUUUUUUUUUACGCUCUCUUGCUCUGAGGUUCAUCAGAGGCUGGGCUUGCUGCAAAGACAACAUGCCCAACCUUGGGGAGAAUGCAAGGAGAGUGGCGCGUGUCUCAGAGGAGCAAUCUGUCUGUCCAAUUCAAAGAGCAAUGUUAACAGGCUCUGAAGGGAAUCUUGUCUUCCUCGGUGUUUGCUGUUACAGGGGGCCUUGAGGGAAGAGAGAUUAUUGGAUAUUCUUGAAUUAGUGGUUUUUACUGUCAGAACGGGGCCUUUUUCCUUCAAGUGCCACAAAAAAAAUGAAGACAAAGCACGAGAAACCUAUUGGCCUGCCUUACAUAACCUUGGAACAGCGGCAGCUGAAAACGCGGCUGUUCCUCGACAUGGUUUGGGGGGGCGGCACCAGAGACGUUGCCUUUUCUCCCUUGUCAGUGUUUCACUGUCUUAUGCAUUGUUAAAUUCCAAAACGAUACUUGCCUUGUCAUGUCUGAUGAAAUUUGGUGGGUGGGGGUGGGUGUGUGGGUGUGUGUGUGAGAGAGAGAGAAUGUAAAUCCCAGCAUUUCCCUGAGGUGGUGGGCAAGGAUGGGAGAGAACCACCAUUUAAAUAAAAUGUAAUGCAGCAGUGAAAUCCCACCCGGGGAAUAUUUAAGUACAUAGCAUUCGACAUCAAAAAGUGCUGAAGCCAGUGCCCCAGACCUGAGUCCUCUUACAAUUAAGUUGCAGAGAAAACAAGUUCCAUCAGCAUUUGCAAAAACCUGUGGAUGCUGAUAUUGGGACAGAGGCCCUGCUGCAAAAUGACUUCUUCAUACACUCCCAGAACUGCAAAAUACUUGGAACCUGGGGUUGGACAUAGUAGUAGUAGUAGUAAUAAUAAUAAUAACUAUUAUUAUUAUUUAUUAUUUAUACCCCGCCCAUCUGGCUGGGCUUUCCCAGCCACUCUGGGCAGCUUCCAACAAAAUAUUAAAAUACCGUAAUACAUCAAACAUUAAAAGCUUCCCUAAACAGGGCUGCCUUCAGAUGUCUUCUAAAAGUCUGGUAGUUGUUGUUCUCUUUGACAUCUGGUGGGAGGGCGUUCCACAGGGCGGGCGCCACUAACGAGAAGGCCCUCUGCCUGGUUCCCUGUAACUUGACUUCUCACAAUGAGGAAACCACCAGAAGGCCCUCAGCGCUGGACCUCAGUGUCCGGGCAGAAUGAUGGGGGUGGAGACGCUCCUUCACAUAUACUGGACCGAGGCCAUUUAGGGCUUUAAAGGUCAGCACCAACACUUUGAAUUGUGCUCGGAAACGUACAGGGAGCUAUAGGAGAUGGACAGUGAACUCUCUGCUUCUAGGGUGGCAGAGGUAGCUUACUAUUCAUCAAGCUGAAUGCAGCCCUAUAGUUUUGUGUGACAGGCUGCCUGAGGCUUUAAAAAAGCCUCCUGGUUUUUCUCCCUGUUUGGACUGUGCAGAAAACCUGGCAGGCAAACACUGUAUGACCAAGGGGCUGCUGGCAGGGUUACAAGAUGUACAGUCUUGGCCUGAUCACUCAUUCCUUCCAGCAGCAGUCUUUCAACUCACAACUCUCAACCCUGUCUUGCAUUGAAGAUAAAGUGGGAAUUGUACAGUGCAUUUCAAGCCCCCCCCCAAAAAAAAAGCUCUGUGGCAACACCUCUCUAUCUCAUUUCCUUUCUUCACUGCACACAAAAACUUGUACUGGAAAGUGGUCUCAUUUUUCUUUUCCUCAUCAAUUGAAGACGACGUUGAGCUUUCCAGUCGCAAAAAAACUUCUUCCCCUUUCCAAGAAACUGGUCAACCUAAGAGAAGGAACAUGCUAUAAAUGGCACGUGCUGUGUAAACUAUGGUUUGCAUGAAAGCCACUGCCUAAAUCAGGCUGCAGGAAACUUGGGGUAUACACAGUCGUGCGUAAUUUGAAUCAGAUGUGUACAACCUUGCUCAAGGGUAUUGAGCUGAGGAGCAAUUCUCCCUCCUUCCAGCAAAAGAUGGACGUGCAGAUCAUUGAUUGGCUAUCCCUUCUGAAGUUACGUUCCUGUCCACUAUUCAGAGCAGUGUUUCAAGUGGGGGGCUGGGGGGACGAUUAGGUUAUAAUCCAGUUAGUCAUAUUGAGAAGAGACCUGCUGAAGUCAAUGGAAUUAAGUAAGAAGGAAGUUCAGGUCUGCUUUAUGUAUGGCUUUGUUGGAUAUCACCCACUUGUUUUUAUUUAUUUUGUUUUUUAGAAAGAAACCAGUACAUCCUUAAAUGAGUAAUGAUAUUAAGCAUCUGGAAGCAGGAAAGCUGAAAGCUUGCCUGAUUGAUGCUAGAUUCAGAGCGAAGUAUUUGUGUCAUUACAAAAGAGUAAGAGCUUGCACUACAACCAAAGAAAAACAUGCUGCUCCUGUAAGUCAGGAUUUCAGCACAUAUCCUAACUUUCCUUAGUCAUUGUGGUUGUGGAAGGCAUAUAUCAAUUUAAUCCUUUUUUUAAAAAAGGAAUAUUUCUGAGUUAUGAUUCUGCAACAAUAUCUUGAAUCAAUUUCUGGGUGAAAUGUUUUAAUGGAAUGGCAUCCUUAUGAUUUUGAGGCAAAAUGACUAAUCUUAGCCACAUGUAUUUUUGACUCCUUCUUGUUGUUCUUAUUCCUUGUACGUUCCUUCUUCCCUCGCCCGGUGCAGAAAGGUAUUUUUGUAUGAAAACCUACCUUUUUGAUGCCUCCCUUGUGUGCUUUGUUAAUUGCAGCAAAUGUUUCUUAUAAUAUUUUUUUAUGUGUGCCACCUAGAUUGGAGACAUAAAAAUGGCUGAAAAGUAUUUUCAAGACGUCGAGAAAGUGACUCAGAAAUUGGAUGGGCUGAAGAACCAAAUUAUGGUUUUAAUGAACAGGUGGGAAAUGUAAAAAAGCUAAAUUAAUCUUAAACAUGAUUUUGCAAAGAAUGCACUGUGAACAUUAAGGGGCCCAAGAGAAUGCCCCUUUCUCUUCAUUUCUCUUUUAUGUAACUACAACUGUCAGAAGAAAGACUGAUUGGCAUCUACCAGCCCUUGAGAUCUGUAUAACAUGGUGUAGUCAUGUUAUCUUAGAUUGACGGAGUUCUAUUUCCUUUGUUACAAGAGCUGACUUGAAAAGUAUUUCUUGUCCACUCCAAACCUUUCUCUUCAAAUCACUUUCCAGCAUAGCUUAAUGCUGCGAUCCUAUAUGUGCUUAUAAGGAAGUCCCAUUCAUAGAAUCAUAGAGUUGGAAGGAACCACAAGGAUCAUCUAGUCCAACCCCGUGCAAUGAAGAAAUUUUUCACCCAAUGUGGGGCUCAAACCCACAGCCCUGAGAUUAACAGUCUCAUGCUCUACUAACUGAGCUAUCCCUCACUCUGUAUAACUUACUACUAGGGGUAUAAAAGGCGCUGCUUUCUGUUUCACCCUGUAUUUGCUUUAUGCAACAGCGUUUCUGUUCUGCUACAAUUCGCCUUCCUCUAGAAACUACAUUAGUUGUCUCGCUGUUUGCAAAUUACAUUAUUGAUGUGAUUAAUUACAUAAAGAAAUUUGUCUUUGCAGUAUUCCAUCCCACUCAUUUCAAUGCAAAGACACAGAGUGCAAAUGGGAGUGGGGAAUAUUAGUUAUCAGGCUGAAAGCAACAACCAAACUGAAAACCUAUUGUAUUUGCUGGAUUGAUUUCCGUUCCAAACAUGGGAUAAAUAAGAAAGCUUUGGCAGUUUCCACUUCCCUUUCUGUUUUCAUCGGAAUUCUCUGACAUCCCUACUUACUGCUGAUUAAAUAUGCUUAGAAUUGGGCUGGAAGAAGUUCUUCAGUUCACACAUCCAUUAUUUAGGUGUACACUUAAAAUGUUUUAACUAUAUUUCAAAUUAAAAAGAGUUAAUGCAGGAAACCUGUUAGCCAGCACAUAUAUGUAAAGUAUUCUAGACAAGGACCUAGGAUUGUUGCAGCACUCUGCAUGACAUGUGAAAUGAUCAUUAAUUCCUUUCAUCGUUAGAAUUUAGCUUUGCUAUACAUUCGCUAUGCAUUUAAUCUGAAAUCUAAAUUGUAACAUCAAGACCACAUGAUGAAGAUCAGUGGCCAAGAGCACUCAGAAAUCUGAGGAAGCAAGGAUAACCCACCACCUUUUAUAAUGCCUCUGUUACUUUGAGUUUUCUUAAGUAACUUUAAUCUUCUAAAGGAGCACACUCUCUCUUUUUCUCUUGUAUUCCAGAGCAUUCCUCCAUCUUGGUCAGAAUAACUUUGCAGAAGCUCACAAAUUCUUCACAGAGAUUUUGAAGGUUGACCCAUCCAAUGCUGUGGUAGGAUAUGUCUUACAGUUAAAUCAUAGGCUUCUAAAACGGCAUCCUUUGAGAGCAGGGAUGGGGAAUUAAUGGUCCUCCAGAUGUUGCUAGAUUGUAACUCCCACCAUCCUUCAGGGGCCAUGCUGAUGGGAGUUUUGAGUCCAACAACCUCUGGAGCACCGCCAGUUCCUCAUUCCUACUCUAGAGUCCGCUGCCCCAAACUGUAAUUAACGUUGCACAAAUGAACAUGGCAUAGGCAAGUCAUUGGUCCCGGGAAUCAGUAAAUUUUACAAAAACAGCACCUUUCAUUAACGUAUCUCGGCGCUUUAGGAUGGUCGGGUUUUUUUAUGCAAAUCUCAUUGAAGCAAAUGAAUGACGCAGAGCAGUAUUGCUUGGGACUUAAGUGAUACUGGUGCCUGGCCUCCAUUUCAAGUUUCUUUGCAAGACUUUUGGCAAACAGACAAUAUUCUAAGGACUGACCCUCUAGCGUGCUCGGAAGGAAAGAGCAAAUUACGGUGUGUUUAGAAUUAAUAUCUUGAAGUGCAUUAUUUUUUUUGUUCCGUGGAUGAAUCUAAUGUACCUUUUCUCUAGGCUAACAACAAUGCCGCAGUUUGUCUGCUUUAUCUGGGGAAACUGAAGGAUUCCCUCCGGCAGCUGGAAGGAAUGGUUCAGCAGGACCCUAGGAACUACCUCCACGAGAGCGUCCUUUUCAAUUUGACAACCAUGUACGAACUCGAGUCCUCUCGCAGCAUGCAGAAGAAGCAGGCUCUGCUUGAGGCUGUGGCUCUCAAGGAGGGCGACAGCUUCAACACUCAGUGUCUCAAGUUAGGCUAAGCCUACCCUUUUUUCUGUUUUGGAAAGGAUCGUUUCAGAAGUUGUACAUACUCCUGCUAAUCUGUAAAUGUUCUUCGAGCUAGAGCAAUAAAAAGCUUUUUAAUUAUGAGCAUAUGGUAAAAUUA